CGCCUGAUGUCACAAUGAGGCGCAGGCCGCGGCCUCCCUCCCGCCCCUUGAUGGCGCCGGCUUCCGUUCGGUUGCCAAGGAGAAGGAUACACACCGCGGCCCAAACUGAAAAGGCCCCGGGGGAAGACGGGGAAGCGCGGAGCCCGAGGGGCAGGUGGAGCUGCAGGACCCGCUCGGGUUUCUGAGUGGAGAGGCGAAGCGGAGGAACAAGACCCCCUCAAGGCCGCAGGGGGAACCAGGGGGCGAGACACCACCCCACGGGGACGCUGCCGAGGCUCUCGGAAGUGGGUGACCAGCAGGAGCCAUGAGUCAGAGGCAGGUCUUGCAAGGUACCGGUAUUUCUAUGGCUGGGUUUUGUGUACUGGGGGUUUCUGGGCUUUACAGUUUCUUGAAAAGAAAAGGAAAGGGGGGGGGGGAGCGCGCCCACGCAACAGAACCUUCCAUUUACCUGCGAGUAAACCUCAUUGAAUUAAAUGAGACUUUCUGAGUAGUUCUGGUAAUGUGUACACAGGACAAUACAGUAAUCCUCCUAGGAGUAUUUGCUACAGAACUCACUGGAGUUUACUUGUCAUGAAUUGUCUGUUUUUAUAUUUUAUUCUGUUAUGUACUGCUGUAAUUUGGUUUCUAACCCCCUUCCCCCAUUAAUUCCUAAGCCGCAUUGAGUCAUAAAGUCAACCUAUAAAAGUUUAUGGAAAUAAACUUUAUGCAUGAGAAUAAGUUUUGUUGAAUUCAGUGGGGCUAACUCACAGGUAAGUAAAGGUAAAGGUAAAGGGACCCCUGACCAUUAGGUCCAAUCGCGGACGACUCUGGGGUUGCGGCGCUCAUCUCGCUUUAGUGGCCGAGGGAGCCGACGUUUGUCCGCAGACAGCUUUUUCCGGGUUAUGUUGCCAGCAUGACUAAGCCGCUUCUGGGGAACCAGAGCAGCACACGGAAAUGCCGUUUACCAGUAGGGUUUGGAAUACAGCCUUUGCUUCUUGCUCAGGACAGCUUGUGUCAUCAUCUUUUAUUUGAUCUAUAGACUCUACAAGGUGUCACAAUACAUUUCCUGCUUAUCUGGGCCUGUAUCUAAUGUGUGAAGGCUUGCCCUCAUUGAAAUGCACUUAUUCUGCCUUCUUUGCAGUCUUUGAGCAGUAUCAAAGAGCCCGAACGCAGUUUGUUCAGACUGUUGCAGAACUUGCUACUAGGCCGCAAAAUAUCGAGACUCUUCAGAAUGCAGGUAAACAAACAAACACAACAAAAAGCAGUUCUUCAGAAUUAAAAAAAUGCAUAAACCCUUUUGUUUAUCUUACCAUAGAACUGAGAGCAGUCUGAUACUUUGAAGUCCCCUUCCUUAUUAGAUAGCUUAAAGAUGGUCCAAUAAAAUGAGCAGGUAAGACAUAUGUCUAUCCAUUAAAGUCAGCUGAAAUAUUAGCUUCAUAUAGCCACACAUUGCACCAAGGGAACUCCCCACAUGUGUGACUAUUUACAAGCUGUUUGCAGGCUAUUUCAAGUAAUGAAAGACAGAGCAGGGGUGGGGACUGCAAUUCACCACUCAGUGCCAAGUCUUUCUAUUCUAGGCAUUGCUGUUAGAAGAGGAGGAUAUAAAACAGGUAUUAAUUGUACAGUACUUAACAAUUGCCUUCUCAGGGUGCUACUUGAAACAACAGAGUAAAUAAACUGUUUUCAGAAUUCACAAUGCUGCUUUUCUAAAAUACGAUUUUUCCCAGACAAGCAAAUCUUAUAUCCAGAGAAGACGACAUCACUAUGACACAAAAAGAAGUUUUAUGUUGGUUUUUAAUUUAAUUUUAUUAUCUUUAAAACAUAUAUAUAGUCCAAAACUUGGUGGCCAAAGUUUACAUACAUACACACAUAUAUAAUGUUAUUUGUAUGUUGUCUUUCCAUAGUUCAAAUCAUGCUCUAGGUGAAACAUAAAAAAGCAUGCAUAAUUACAGUAAAACAAAAGUAGCCAUAAACAAUAAGUAAAACAUUAAAAAAAUUCACAAUCAAAUUGCACAAUUUCAACAUAAAUAAUAAAAAAUCUAAAAUAAGGAUGCAGUUUUAAAAAUAUCAAUAGCAGCAACGGCUUCCUCAUACCUCCUAAACAAUACCCCAGCCCAAGAGUGUGUUCAGCAGCCUCAGCUUUCGUAGCAGGAGUCACUUACUGCCCUCCCUCCCAGGCCAGAUUACAGAAAUGUUACUUACUUGGAGAGUGAUCUAUUUAAAUUUUAAUAUUUUUAGUUUUAGACUGCAAGUCUAAUCACAGUUACUAGAGACAAAGCACCAUGGAAUGUAAUAGGACUUACUUCCAAGUAAAUAUGCAUAGGAUUGUUUUGCUAGGCUACAGUCCCAUGUCCCAGAACAUAGUGGGGGCCGGGCUACUUCUGAAAAAAAACAAACAACCACAUUCAUACGAUGGUGAUGCUAAAACAAUCCUAAGAACUUCACCAAAUAUAAAAAUGCACAUUCUUCUAAUUUAGCCGAUCUGUAGUUUAUAAAUAGUGACAUGAUUUGUACUUGCGGCCUUGUGUGUGUGUGAAAUCCCACGUGCUUGAUUUCUUCCAUAUUGACUAUUCAUGGCAUAGUGCUCACAAACAGCAGCUGAUAUUUAUACCUGUAACUAGACUGUGCUUUGUCAGACUGCAGAUGGAGUAGGUACUGACAUGAUUGAAUACUCCUCAAUACAAAAUAAUAAUAAAAAUCCCUGCAUAUAGAAGAUGUCUUACAAGAGUGAUGUAAGAGCUCUUGGACCCAUUCAUGUUCAUUAUAUAUUUGUCAAUAUUCAACUUAUAUCUGAUUUUCAUAAAUUAAAUCAGUUGAAGCCACUAAUUCCUGAAAUCCUUUCAUCUGUUGUCUGCCAUAAGUCAACCAUGCAAAUUUUGUGAGUUUAUGCAUUUUUGCAACCUUUCAGGAUUUCCCCAACCAAUCCUUCUCCUCUUCUCCUACUAUCAACAUUUACACUGUUGUUAGUAAAUUCCUAACCUAGUUCUUUUUCCCCAGCAUCAGUAAGCUUACAAAAAAUCUUAAGCUGGUAAUAUGUCUCUUCAAUUUUGUAAGAUAUAUCUUUUCAAAUUGAGCUUUUAUCACGAAGUGCCCUGGGAAAAGGAAGAAGAAAGAAACACAUUUUCAUAUCAAUGGGCUUUGUGUUAAAAUUAUAGCAUGUUAAGGUAUGUUCUUAAGAUGGGCUUUGAAGGUGACACACACCAAAAAAAGAGCUGUCGCCUUUAUAACUUAGUGUAAGAACCUAUCUUAAAAUGCUGUAAUUUUGUGCAUUAUACUCUUGUGGAUAAGAGGUAUCAGAACAAGGCUGUAAUGUAUGUAACCUUCAUUGAGGAGUUUUUUUAAAUAAAAAAAACAUAAUGAAGGUGUUUGCUUCAAUAACAGCAAAUCAUGGUUUAAGGGUGCAAUAUCCAGUGUAGAAAUACAAUGAAAUUUUUUUAAACUUGAAAAAACUGUUUCUCUAAAAAGAACCCUUGUUCCAGCCCUGAAAAUAGCGCUCACCAUCACUGAAAUCCUUCUAAUUUCAGAUUACAAGUUUUAAUUGUUAAUGAGAAAUAAUUACGGUAAUAUUUAUAUUUAAGCCCCAUACUUGUACAUCUCAGGCUAUCUCACUUGUGUGAGAUUUUUCAAUUUUUUAAAAAAAAUUAAUCUGUAAGUGUGUUUUAAAUAACGAUUGCAAGAGAGGAAACUCUUUUAAGAAUUGCAGCCAGUGAGGUAUGAAAAUACAAGCUGGUUCUUAAAUGCUGAAGGAAAAAGAGGGAUAUAAAUAAAUAUUGUGUUUAACAAUAUGGUUGCUAUGGCUGAUGAAAAAUGUAUAGUUCAAAAACUGGUGAUGUAUCUUAAAUCAUAUGUUCAUCGUUAAAAAGUAUCCUUUUCACUUUUUCAGUUAUAUUUCUCAUACUUCUUGCAGCACCUCUGAGUAUGUUGGCAUCUCCUCAUGUUGGAAGGGACCUGUAUGUUGAAACAAUGCAAAGAAUUUUGAUGACUCAGCCUGCGCAUUUACCACCCACCAUGCUGAAUGCAGCUCACAUGCCCUGACACAGUGGUCUACCUGGAGCUCAGUAAACCUUUUUGUUGCUGUAGUCUUAAUCUUCAAAAGCAGAGGGGAUUAUCACUACACUACGUAGCUAGUGAAGUUUUCCAUAUGCCACAAAUUGUGCAGGUCUGAUUUACAAAUAUGUAGUGUAGAAGGAGAUACAGUAUAUCCUUUCAAGACAAGGACAACCCCUUUAAGUAAGGACGUUUGACAAACUGCAACUAACCAAACUGGGAAAUCCAGUUUUUACUCAGUACAGUUGCACCUUGGAAGUCGAAUGCCUUGUGAGUCAAGCCUUUUGUCUCCCGAAUGCCGCAAACCUGGAAGUGAGUGUUCUGGUUUGCGAACGUUCUUUGGAACCCGAACGUCUGAUGUGGGUUCCGCAGCUUCUGAUUGGCUGCAGGAGCUUCCUGCGGCCAAUCGGAAGCAGUUCCUUGGUUUCCGAACGUUUUGGAAGUCGAACGGACUUUCAGAACAGAUUCCGUUUGACUUCUGAGGUACGAAUGUAGUAAUCAGGUGAAGCAGCACAUUUUAGUGUCAUUUUUUCAGUCUUUCUCAGAAUAUAAGGCCCAUGCAUGGAAUGGUGAACUAUGUCAGUAUUUCUACCAGUGUGUUCAAGGAAUACAGAUUCUCCCCCCGCCCCCGCUGGUUUUGGGUGCUUAACACUCAUCACACUCCCAUGCAUAGCUCUUUCCAGUGCUUGUUAGUCUCUUUCUUCAUCACUAAAUUAACCUCAAAGAAAUGACAAGCAUAAGAACAUAUUUUUCCACUGUGAUUAUUCUUGACUAAAUAUUUGUUGUUGUUAAAAGUAGGAUUUUCUUGUCCAAAUCUUCUGACUGUAAUGAAUUGGUACAGUGGUCAUAUUUUGACUAGAAACUCUUACGGCAGAAAAUGAGCGUAGUUAAUUAUUUCCAUAAAGGAAUAUGAAAUUCAGUCUGAGAAACACUUGUCUAGCCUACAACAGAGAAAUCUGUUAUGCUGCCUCUAAAUAAAAACCAAGGCUGGAAUGAAGCUAUUUAUAUGGCACUGAAAGGGAAAAGAAUUGUGAUUAUCUCCUUCUGCUAUCAGCUUAUCUAUCACUAAGAGCUUUCCCUUCAUACAUACAACCAGCAUAAGAGAAUUGAGCUCCGGAGCAACUCCCUCUUCCCAGGGUUGGCCCAAUAUAUUUUGCUGCCUGAGGCAGGGGAGAUGCACCUUCACCCUCAUUUCCACCCACAACUCCAUAUACAGAAGGCAGGCAAAUUGGCAAUUGAAUCUUAAUGAAAUGCUAGUGAUGGGAGGGUGUCUUCAGUUGCACCUGAGGGCAGCAGCGGGUGCAGGGUAGGCCACGUGGCACAUAAAACAACUGCCAACGCCUUGCUGCUUCUACCUAUGGUUGCCUCCUCGCCUAGCCUAGUGGAAGGCACGCCCCUGAUUCUGCUGGUUGUGCAGAUUGGCUGGCCUUCUGACUGUCAUGAAGUCAUUUCCUGUUCUGUCGCCUGGAGCAGUAUAUAAGCUAAAACACACACCCUAAAGUGGCUAUAUCAAAGUGCCAGGUAAGCAUUAAAUCAGAUAAGCAUACCAGGCAUUGGGAGAGGGAGGGGAGCCUGAGCACAGCAUGGGGGUCAUCCAUGAUUAAUUUGUAAUCAGAGCUUACCCCACAACAGAAGAAAUCUGUGCUGUCUUACUGAUCCACACCUGAAGUGCGUGGUUGCAUAAGACCCAGUUCUAAUCUAAUAUACUGGUUUUUCAGUAGAAUUCGGUUUAACAUUAACAAGACAGAGUGCCAUGCUCCUCUUCAGCUUUUCAGCCUGCCAGCCAUGCUCUCCUCAACAAGCAUUCCAUUCCCCUCUUCACCCAGUUUUCUGUUCCCCACUGGGCACUGAACAUGUUCAGUCCUGAUUGAACCGAUUUUUGGGGCGGCUUCUUCUUCUUCUUCUUCUUCUUCUUCUUCUUCUUCUUCUUCAUUCUACAAACCCUAGAUGUUUCCCCAAGUCUGCUGAUACAUCCCUCUUACGUGUGGAUUUUGUUGCUUUAGCUACAGGAGGAAUAAAACUUCAUCACCAUGUUCAUCAUUUUAUUUGUAUGCUGCCUUUCCAUAGUUAAAACCAUUCUCAAGAUGGCUUACAAGAUGACAAGAUUUACAUAAUUACAAACGUAACAAAAGCCACAAACAAAAAAGAAACCACAUCAAAAAGUACACAAUCAAAUUGAAAUCAUUUCCACAUAACUCCUAAUAAUAUCUAAAAAUGAAUAUGUAUAAGUUAACAACGACAACCCCCAACAAAACAGCCUAAACAAUACCACAAGAAUAGUCUAGCAGCUUUUGUAGCUGGAGUCAGUCAGUCAGGCCAGAAAAGCAGGGAGCAGAUCUUCCAGGGCUCACAGCCAAGAUGGUCUCUGACCUCUUCAACAGCCUCAGCUUUGACGAAGCCCUUGGAAUUUCAUUAUCAGAGGGAACAAGUAGGGCCACACAACAAAAUGUUGUAUUGUGUCCCUGGUGUGUGUGUGACCUGAUCCUGUGGCUAAGGGGAUUGAAAACAAGCAAAAAUUAAUAUCAAGAAAGAGUCUGUGCUCCAACUUGGGUCUUACCCCAUCUGCAAAUAAAAAAAGAAGUUUUUGAACAUUUUAAAAGUGUAACCAGUCUGCAUCCAUUCAGUACAGCUUAAGGUUGUGGCAUGCAGUUGAGUGCUUGAUUUGGCCUAGAGGGAGGGCAAUGUAAGUAGAAUGACCUUUGCUGCAACCUGAGAGAUAUGUGAGACUCUUGAUGGGAAGUGCAAGCCAGCCUUAGCCUCAUUUCUGCCUUGCAGUGUUCACAGUGACAUUGCUGGGCUGCUGUAAGCUACUUUCAGUGCAGCCCUGCACUGAAAGUGAUAGGAGUAAAGCAGUGAGUUAUACUGGAGAGUUGUUGUUUACUACUGCCCAGCCUGCAAUGCGGGGAACAAAAUAAAGGGUUGUUACACUCUCUCAGCUUCAGUUCAACUCCCCAUGAGCCGUAGGGUAUCUAAAUCACUGGACAACACUGCAGGGUUCUUGUGAACCAGUCAGAGCCUAGUAUGCAGUGUGAACUACACAUGUCUGUCAUAAGCCAUUUUGGAAAAUGGACUAUUAAUUGCAUUUGCUUGGCAUUUGUAGGGUUGUUCUUUUAAUAUUCUGUACUAAAUAAGAACUGAGUUAGAAAGAGUGGGAAGUCUUUUCUUUGCUGCUGCUGUGUGUGUGGCGUGGACACACUGGUGCCCAAUCGUAGCUAUAUUAAAAUAUUGAAUUUCUCCAUCAAUUACCAUAGGCAGCUCUCAUUUCCAUCCCUGAGGACAUGUAAAAAUAGCUUCUCAGCGUGAGCCAGAAAAUGACAUAUCCAGACAAUGAGAUUGGUCUGUCUAAGCUUUUUUAUAUCUGUUUGUCUCUUCCUCCCUUUUUAGCUCUUCUUUCUUAGCAUUUGGUUUCUGUUUCCUCCCCAGCAAUCAGUACACAUUUUGUCCCCACUGAGUGUGUAUAGUCCCUCACUGGGUUGUUUCGGGAUUCCCCUCCCUUAGGUUUUCCCCCCAUACUUUUUUUUUUUUUUUGGUGCUUCUGAAAACCUUGGGGUUUUCCUGAGUCUGCUGGUUCUUCCCUCUCUUGGGCUUGUCACUGUUGUUUCGGUUUCAAAAGUGCAGACGCUCUCUGAAAUUGGAAGUAGGAUAUAAAAUGGUGUUCUGAUGUGCUUAUUAUCAAUAAAGGAAUUCCAGCAUAAGAGUACAACCAAUCAUUUGGUGUAGGGGCUGGAACAUGACUAUCCCCAGUGAGGAAGAGACCAGCAUAUUUAUUCAGAGUGCAACUGUUUUUAGAAAAGAUAUAGGCACAUAUUUUAAAUUUGACCUUUUAAUUUUUCUGUGACGUUGUUGUUCACUGUAAUGCUUUUAUUGACCUUGAUCUGCCUACGCCACCAUGGUAAUUUUCAGAAAGGCGGUGUAACAAUACUGAGAGCCAAGUGCGGUGUAGAGGUCAGAGUGUAGGACCUGGGAAACCAGGGUUCAAAUCUUCCCUUAGCCACAAAGCUCACUGGAUGACCUUGGGCCAGUCAGUGUUGCAGCCUAACCAGCCUCAUAGUCUUGUUGUGGGGAUUACCGUAAUUGAGGAGGGGGAAAACCAUGUAGGCCACCUUGAGCUCCUUGGAGAAGUAAUAAUAAAAAAAGUAAACGCAAUAAAUAAAUAUAGGCGGUAUUCAACUAAGUUUUACUCCAAGUAGUCCUGCUGAAAUUAAUAAAUGUGACUAUGUUAGGUCCAUUAAUUUCAGUGGGUCUACUCUGAGUAAAAUUUACUGCCCAUCAGUUUCAAAGCUGCACUGCACAGGCGACUGGAUUCUCUGCUAUGUUUCUUGGGAUACUAAUCUUGGAUCCUGCUGUGGAUUUGUUCUGCUCCUUCAGUAACAGUCGGCAGUUGUGAUAACAGAUAUAUGGUACUAACUGAGUUUAAAAAUAGAAUAGCCCAAGUUGCCUCCAGUUGCCUUUCACAGACAGGUCUCUGCACUUUUACAGUGAAUGCAAACAUAUGCAGAGAUCCUCUCUAUGUGGUUUGGGUUCUAUGUUAUAGAAGGAAGAGGAAGAGGAAGGGGGAAGACUGAUUAUCUUUAUAUUCCUCUAUCAAUCUACUGAUCUAGACUACUUGCCCACCUAUCCCUAGAGGUUUGGGCAGGCAGCUAUACUAAAACGAAGAUUCAAAUCUGUAAAUAAAAUAUAAGUCAACAUGCCACAAUACAACAUGGGAAUUUAAAUAACCCCAAUGUUAAUUUAAGUCUCACCGCCACCCCCCCGCCCAGUGUUCAGGUUUGGUCUUUGCUAAGUUUCCAGGGGAAGAUCCUUAGCUGUGGCUUAAUCCCUAGCACACUGUCAUUUGCGGCAGAACCACAGUGUAUAAAAGUCAGUGCUUGAAUUCUAGGAGGAAAGGAGGAGGCACUUUAGGGAAAUCCAUAUUCCAUCCCCUGUCCCUCCUCUCAAUAUUAGCUAAAUCAUACCCCACCUUCUAAUAAUGGUAGCUGGGAGGGCACCACAAAAUUACUGUCCCCCUGUAAUUUUAAUACCGAUAAAAAGGGUUUGGGGGAUCAAUUUGGACCAUUCCAUUUGCGUAGCGCUGUCAAUACCUGAAUGAAAGGUAGUCUAGUUCCUUUGCUUUGUAGUGGUGAAAAGUCAGCAAGUCAUUUCCCAUCCCAUUGCAGCAGUAAAAGCAGGCAUCCUUGUUGAAUGUCUCACAGCUGGCAACAUGCAGCCUUCAAGGGAAGAGCUCCUCUUGGGGAUAGCAUGCUGUCGUAUGUGGGAGAAUGUGAUGCCUUUAGUUUAGAAGCCCUUUUGCCACCAUAUCCUCCUAUGUAGACUUUUCCUUGUGUUCUCUUGGGAGUGCUACUCUUCAGCCUGAUGAAAGGCUGCAGAUGUUGGAUGCUCAGGUCCCGACAUAUGGAGGUGGCAUGGGGGUGGGGAGAAGCACUUCUUCUGAUGAAAAUGCUGCUAAAAUAUUGGCAAGCAAUUUGCCCAUCAACUUUUUAUUUCUGCCCUGCUGUGAUUUAUGUUCCGGGUCUGUUUCUGCGUUUAAUAUUUUCUUUCAGGCAUUGCCUUUUAAGCAUAUCUAUAUCCUUUUGGCAGUUUCAGAUCUGGAGGUUUGGUCUCAAUAUGCAUCAUUAUAGGCAGCUGGUGGCCAGGCCUUUUAAAAUGGGGGUGGUGAAGUAUCUCUUCUGAGCCAGUCAGCACUGAUUGCAGGCACAUUUCCAGCGGUGUAUCCUUGCUUGCAUUUAAUCUCUCUGAAACUAUCUCUGUACUCUCUUCCCCCAAUCAACCGUAGGGGAGUUUUAGAGCCCCCUGUUUCUUAGAGUCCACAAGUGCCGCUGGGAUUUUAUCCUCAUGAGAAUAUAAGAUUACUCUCAGAAUAUAGAACACCCUUCCGCUUUGCAUGCAGAAGGUGACAGUCAGUGUAGAUAAUACUGAGCAAGAUGGACCAGUGGUCUGAUACAGUACAGUGGUACCUUGGUUCUCGAACGUAAUCCAUUCUGGAAGUCCGUUCCGACUUCCGAAACGUUCAAAAACCAAGGCGCGGCUUCUGAUUGGUUCAGGUGCCCUGGAAACAAUAGACGACAGCCGCAUCGGACGUUUGGCUUCCAAAAAACGUUCGAAAACUGGAACACGUACUUCCAGGUUUUUGGUGUUUGGGAGCCGAAAUGUUCAAGUACCAAGGCGUUCGAGAACCAAGAUUCCGCUGUAUAAGGCAGCUUCCUAUGGAUGGAGAGUUUUGUCUCCCCAGGACUGUCCUAAGACAUUUUGCAGCCUGAGGGAAAGGACUGCACAGGGAUUUUGUUUUUUUUAAAUAAAUAUUUAUUAAAGUUUUCACAACAUCACAAAAGAAAAAAGAAAAAAUACAAGAUAAAAAAUAGUUAAAAACAAUUCCAUCUUUUCAUCACUUAUCUUUCAUUUACUUGUUUCCCGGACCUCCUCAUACCUCCCUUUUUUGUAUUCCAGGUCAAUUUAUUAGUUCAGCAAUUCCUUUCCCUCCUUAUUUUAUCCUGAUCUUUAAUCUUAAUAUAUUAUAGCAUUAAAUUUUUACCUGUUAAGAAUCCAAUUUUUUCAUAUUCUUUUAGACCAUUACAGCUAGAAACCACUUAACUUCAAUCCAACAUCAUUCUAACAUUCAUUAAUUUUGCAGUAUUUCUGUAAAUAGUCUUUAAAUUUCUUCCAAUCUUCUUCCACCGACUCUUCUCCCUGGUCUCGGAUUCUGCCAGUCAUUUCCGCCAAUUCCAUGUAGUCCAUCAUUUUCAUCUGCCAUUCUUCCAGAGUGGGUAGGUCUUGUGUCUUCCAAUACUUUGCAAUAAGUAUUCUUGCUGCUGUUGUAGCAUACAUAAAGAACGUUCUGUCCUUCUUUAACACCGAUUGGCCGACUAUGCCCAGGAGAAAGGCCUCUGGUUUCUUCAAGAAGGUAUAUUUAAAUACCUUUUUUAAUUCAUUAUAAAUCAUCUCCCAGAAAGCCUUAAUCCUUGGGCACGUCCACCAUAGGUGAAAGAAUGUACCUUCAGUUUCCUUACAUUUCCAGGACUGCACAGGGAUUUUGACAGUUGGGAGGGACAACUCACCUGUCAUUCAGCUGACUUCAUGAAUCAACUACAGUGGUACCUCGGGUUACAGACGCUUCAGGUUAUAGACGCUUCAGGUUACAGACUCUGCUAACCCAGAAAUAGUACCUCAGGUUAAGAACUUUGCUUCAGGAUGAGAACAGAAAUUGCGCGGUGGUGGUGCGGCGGCAGACCCCAUUAGCUAAAGUGGUGCUUCAGGUUAAGAACAGUUUCAGGUUAAGAACGGACCUCCAGAACGAAUUAAGUACUUAACCUGAGGUACCACUGUACCCCUCAAAGUUGGCUCACAGGGGUGGGGCUCACAGUUAACAGUCUGUCCCACUGAGCCAAAAAGGUUCCCCACCCCUGCUGUGCCACACCUGAAGACAACAGAUUACCUUAAGGCAUACAAGUCAGGUUGUGUCUGGUGACCACAGCUCUGACCUGUUAUCCUACAAAGGGGUUUAGACACUCCCACACUUUGCAGUUGCUCUCUUCUCCUCCAUCAUGGAAACAUUUCUCCCUACCUCCUGGUUGGUUGGUCUAAAUCCCUCCCGCCCCCUUCUGAAAACCUCAUUCUUCUAUUUCUCCUCUUUGCCUUUCCCUCCAUUAGUUAAGGCCUUACCUAAGCCACAGCAUUGGACAGGGCUGAGAUUUUCCAAAACUUUCUCCUCUUGCCCCAAUCUCCACCUGUACAUCAGUGAUGGCCUGCAGACCCUGAGGAGGGGGUAAAAAAUUGCAAGGAGGCAAUGCCACCUUCUCUCUCUUACAUGCCAGCAAGCCCAGCUCUUAGUUUGGGGUCCAUCAGGUUUCAGGGGUACUGGGCAGGUUUUGGUUUUGCUAUUGUAUUCUCGGAGUGCUUUUUUUUUUUUUGCAUUGGGACAAAUGGCAGAUAUUUUCUGUUGUGGGAAAAGGUGUGCUCAUUCAACAACAUUGUUCACGUGUGUUCUAAAUGAUAAGAACACAUGAGAGUGAGGCUUGGCUAGGGAGGAUUGCUAAGGAUGCAUUUUGGAAGUGGUUGCUGUGUUGCAGGGGAGAGGGGUGUGAGGAUGUAGCUUCUUUCUCCGUUCUUUUGUUUAGGUACUAAUGAUGUUAUUUUAUGGAGCUUAUUGCAUUUUGAAUUGGAUUUCUAUCUGUAAAGAUUUUCUUUUUUAAGAUAGCAUUUUGUUUUCCUUUUAACUAGGCUGCUUUAAAUGUAUAUUGCUUACCUUCCUCUAUCAUGUCUUAUUUUUAUAUUUUGGAAGUGAUUUUAAUAAUAGCAAUAGCAGCUGCAAUAAUAAUAAUAAUAAUAAUAAUAAUAGUAGUAGUAGUAGUAGUAAAAAAGUGAUUAUUUUUGAAAAGCCUUUCUGGAUCAGACUAAGGUCUGCUGAAGAUGCCCAGUAUUUUGCUUUCAUUGGUGGCCUGCCAAAUGCUUACAAAUUGGACAUGAAGGUGGUUGUCAUUUCCUGUUAGUGGUGGUAUUCAGAAAUAUUCUGCUUUUGUAGAUGGAGAUUUCAUUUAGCUAGCUGUUGAUAGGCUCAGCCGCCAGGAGUUUUGUUUAAUCCUUUAAAAAGUCAUUUAAGCCAACGGCCAUCAUCAUAUCUUUGGUGUAUGUGUGUGAAUUCCCUGUGUAGUGUGAAGAAGCAUUUUCUUUUUUCUGCCCUGAAUCUACUGUAAAUUGACUUCAUUGGGUGACUGAGUUCCUGAGUUAUGACAGAGGGAGAAAGAUUUCUCUCUCCAUAUUGUUCAUAACUUCAUAAACUGCUAUCAUGGCACUUGAUUAUGCACAUAAACUCAAGCUUUAGUUCAUAUUUGUUCUUUUCAUUCAAGUGACUUAUUUUCUUCUGCUCAGUAGGGUUUUUUAAAAAAGGAAAAAAGAAAAAGAAAAUCAGAAGUACAUGUCAGAAGCUGUGGCUGAACACUACCACUGAGUAAUUUUGGUAUUCUCUCUGGAUAGUUUCACUUAUCUAUGGAACAUACUGCUUCAAAAAACCUUGCAUCGCGCAGUAGGCAUACACUAAAUCUUUUACACAGGGACUGUGCCAUUGUCUAGCUUUGACGCAGCACAAGUGCUGUGAGGGCUACUGUAAUUAAGUAUAUAAAUAAACAAGAGUCGCUGAGGGUUGCUUAUAAUUGCUAUCCGAAGGGAAUAGAUUAUAGAGGUUGUUCCCCAGUUAAGUUGUUUCUCAUAUACGUAGCACAAUGUGGUGUUAUUCCUUCAGGACAUUCUGAUGGGCUGAUAUGACACAUACUUAAGUUUUGGACCGCACAAUGGAAUUUUUUUAAUGGGUAUUUGCAUUUCCUCUUUGAUGUAAUUGAAACAUAUUAGCAUAUGUUUCUAUACAGAAUUAGACCACCUUUUAAAAAUCAUUUAGAUAUUUGGAACACUGUUAUCACCACAGUGAGAUGAGGUGAGUACUAUUCUAUUUUUAGGUUUCCUAAAUUAACUAGGUCUGCACAACCAAUUAAAUUAUUUUUAUUGAUCAUAUGCCCUUUGACUAAUUAAUUCAUUUAUCAGUUUGAAUUAAACAUAUUUGCACACCACAGACACCAACUGCAGAUCCUUUCUGAGAUAAUGAAGGGAGUUGCAUUUUUUAAAAAAUGCUCAUUAAAUUUUAAGAUAUUAGUUAUUUUAAAUUUUAAAUUUUGUUUUCAAAAUAUUCAGUGUAAUGCUGAGAUCUAGAAGCUUAACAUUAAAAAAAUAAUCAUGAUGUUACAACAGGUCUCACAUGUCCUUGGAACAUCUCCAGAUUGUUCACAGUGACAACCUUUGUUUAUGGCUUAGUGCUCCCUACCUAAGCCCAUUGACAUGUUUUCUGUGAACAAAGUCAUUUUACAUUGGUUUCCUGUAAUUUAUCAUAAACUGCCAAGCAGCUCAUGGCCCAUAGUGGUUGGGUAAACUAGGUUAUUUUAGGGUAGUGGCUGCAAGAUAGCUAAGGUAAAUUGGUGGGCUCAUAUUUAAGACUGUUAACACAGAUGAACUGCCUUUUAAAAUCGCUAAAGGACAAAUUUUCUCACCCUUUUGUUUGUGGGUGGGCAAGAUGGGAAUUUAGAUUUGCAUGUGAAUACAAAUGGAAUGUCAUACUUAUUCCAGAUUAAUUACCACAAUGUACAACGGUGCAGUCUUAUGCAUAUUGAGUACAUGUGUCUUUAGAACACCUGUGCUUUAUUAUUUUCUUAACAUUUUACUGAAUUUUGUUGCUGUAUUUUACAUUAUUUUGCAUAUUUUAUUAUGUAUUGUCCUGGGAAUGUUUUUUUGGGUGGGUGGGAUGGGAAUGCUUAAAACAGAUAAUUUAUUUGAGUAAGUACAGGCUUACUUUACAAAAGACUAGAGCAAAACAAGAAGGCGGAGGUCAAAAAGACCAAAAUUGCUGAUUAAAUUACAUUGUUUUGAAAGGGCAGUACUUUCAUUCUGGGAGCAAUGUGGUUACUGCUUCCUUUUGACUCCAUCCCAUAAUGCUCUGCUGACAUUAGGACGUGAAAUUCACAUGGGACAUUGCUCCUUAUUCCCAGACUAAAAUGUAGUAUUGGCAUGGAAAGUCACCAUGGUGCCAACUCUUCCCACAUGCAAACAUUUCUGUUCCAGUGUUUCUGGUACAGCAUGGGCAGUGACCACAGAGGAAAAGCAAAUAGCUUCCUCUUCUCAUACAAGAACCAGUUGUAAUCCUCUUGAGAUAAUGCAGAUCUCCAUUUUGAGAUCUCCAUUUUUCUAAUCCUCUUCUUUCCCCGCCCCCAAUGAUUUUAAGCUAGUUCUCUCUGCUUCCGAACAUUUUAAAUUUUACACCUGUCAUUCAGAUACAGUGUGUUUGGGGGAGGGUGAGCAUCUUGCUGAUUGACAAUAGAGGUUGUCAUUCAACAACAGAUUCAGACAAGGACUUUCUCAGAGGAUAGAAGUCUACCCACUCAAGCUGAUAUUGCACAAAGCUGUUUGGAAUUCCUACAUGGCAGCUCCCUCUCCAGAGCCAGCUGGUUGUGUUCAGCAGGAGCCAUGGGAAGUGAUGACCUUUCUUGGGUGCACCAAGAAAUUUGCAGCUGUGUGCCAAAGAGUUGAGUUUUGCAUGUCAGCAGCUGCACACCACCAGAUGGCCAUGGGCAGGAAGCAGGCACAGGCAAAUUUCAGACCACUGUGGUGUACCCAGUGGAAACUGGUUUUCGUGAGGUGAUGUGUGGAUUUCUUCAGCUCUUUUCCUAAGGCAAAUGGCGUCAACGACGGGAGGAGACGGCCCCAUUAUUGGGAUUGCAGUAGUUCCAACACUGAAGGUGGCAUUUGCUUUGGAGGAAACUUCCCCUUGGGCGCCCUCCUUUCACUAUGAGUAGUCGAAACCAUAUCUGAGAUUAGGUGACGGGUCUCUGUGUCCCAGAAUGUGACUUUACAGGAAGAGAUUAGAUCUGGCGCAUCUCUUUUUCUAGAAAUGAAUCACUGGCCAGUGAAAAACUACAAACCGACUGUUGUGUAUUUGUGCUGAAGAAAUGUUCUUCAUAUUGACUAAAAAGCUGACUUAAGCGGUUGGAAGUUUUGCUGGAUUUGAAGAAUGUGGUAAAGGUUGAGUUUGUUUGUUUGUUUAUUAUUCAAUUUAUACCCCACACCUCCUCCAGGGAGCUCAGGGUGGCACAUAUUAUUCCCCUUCCCUGUUUUUUCCCUCAUAACAAUUGUGUGACUGGCUCAAAGUCACCUGGUAAGCUUCAUGACUGAGUGAGGAUGUGAAUCCUGGUCUCUGGUCUUAUUACAACAUUCUAACCACUACACUACACAGUGGUCAAUCGGAUGCCUAUGGGAAGCCUGCAAGAACAUCAUCAGAUGGUCUCUUUUGCUUCACCAGCUGCAUUUGUGCAAUAUCAACAAGCCACAUUAGUAGAGUAUUAAUAUCUCAGAAAAUUAGUUUAAUAAUUUAGCAGUAUAAAACUGUAUCAUAGGUUGUAAUUACGGUGUCUUUGCAUUUUUGUUUUUUUCUUCACCAUUAUAUUCAUGCUAACACACACUUUCCCCUAAUAUAUGCAUCCUUGUAAACAUUGUUUGGGGACAUGCAUCACAAAUUCUGAGGAAAUAUGGAUUUCAAAGGAUGAUUCUCAUAUUGUUUUGGUUCUCAUAUUGCUUCAAGAAGGGCAAAUUAGGUAUGUUGGCCUUUAAAUGUGAAUUGAAUUUCUCCCCGAUUCCUAAUGGUGUCGCCCACUUUGGAUGGGUAAAAUGUGUACUCCAGGAAUGGUUCUUAACACAGAGCUUAGGUUUACUUGCAGCAGAUUUCCUUAACGUUAGCAUUCAGUGUGUUUUAUUUUAUUUUAUUUUUCUCUUUUGAAAGUAGCGUUUGAUUCGUUUCUCUAAUUACUGUGUGGACUUUCCCUCCUUUCUCAUAACUCAGGUGUAAUGGCUCUGCUGAGGCCCCUCCUAUUGGACGUGGUUCCAAAUAUUCAACAGACAGCUGCUUUGGCCCUUGGGAGACUUGCCAAUUAUAAUGAUGACCUGGCAGAAGCUGUAGUUAAGGGAGAUAUUCUUCCGCAGCUCGUGUAUUCAUUGGCUGAGCAGAAUGUAAGGAACUAUUAUUUUCUUAAAGGAGCCUUUUCUCACUGCCAUAUGGGGUUAAAAUCUUCUGCCUUAUAUUUAUGUUUAAUAUAUGUGCCUGUUUUAUGUAUAUUUUAUAGAUUGUAUACAUUAUGUUUUUUAAUGGAAAACUAUUCUGUCUUAAUUAGACUCUGUAGAUUCAUGUUUUGUCAUUGCCACAACAUACAUGCUUAGUGCAUUGAUCCCUCUUGAUAGAAGGUGUCCAUAAUUGUAAUUUAAUGACCCUUUUAAAAAAAAGGAAAAGGAAAAGAUUUUAUUCUUACUUCAUUAGCUGAAGUAUAUUACUGGUAAUUUUAUUUCCUGAACUGUUUAAUGAAAUGAUGGCAUGGAGAAGGUUGUUUUGUAAAUGAAAUAAUUGGAAAACACACACCCAGUAAUUAGCUAUUUGUUAACAGUGACUGAGUAAAAUGCACGUAAGAUUAAAUUUUGUAGCAUAAAUGAUACCACAACACAUGAGAGUCUAGAAACCCUUAGCAGUGUAAUAUCAAAUGUAUUUGUGUUUGAGUAGCAAAAUAUUUUUUAAAACUUUUAUAUUUGCUGAUAAAUAGGUUGCAUUAUAUAGUCAAGUAGUUCAAUCAUUUUGAUCUUCUUGAAAUAGUGUACAACAUGCAUGGCAUUUGUGACAUGGUGUAGGUCUUGCACCAGAUUGCUGGGGUACAUGCAUCCUCCGGCUAUUUCUUUUUUUAAAGACCAACUCAAUGAAAUUGACAGAAAAGGGACUUUAAGGACCUGUUACAAUCUUUCCUAACCUUGUACCCUCCAGAUCUUGUACUUCAGCUCACAUUAGCCCCUGUUGGCAUGACCAAUAAUCAGGGAUGAUAAAAGUUGUAGUCUUAGGGUUUCCAGGUUCCAACCUGGUGUUGGAUGCCAUGUCUUUUAAAAUCACCAGCAAAGCAUCAGACAGGGCAGCUACGUCUUGCCUGUACAGUCCUUGGUUUUCUCAUCCUUGAGAGCCAGUGUGGUGUAGUGGUUAAGAGCGGUAGUCUCGUAAUCUGGGGAACCGGGUUCGAUUCCCCGCUCCUCCACAUGCAGCUGCUGGGUGACCUUGGGCCAGUCACACUUCUUUGAAGUCUCUCAGCCCCACUCACCUCACAGAGUGUUUGUUGUGGGGGAGGAAGGGAAAGGAGAAUGUUAGCCGCUUUGAGACUCCUGAAGGGGAGUGAAAUGCGGGAUAUCAAAUCCAAACUCUUCUUCAUCCUCGCCCUUUUGCUGCUUGCAUAGAAUCCUGCUUGUUCCUGCUCUCUUCUCCUUUAAACAAGGACCCUGUUUGGAAUCUAGAAUUCCUUAUAUAAGCUGUGCUUUCUGGCUAUACUUAUUUUCCUAUCAUUGAACUAAUAACUUCCUUUUGGAACCAAGAAUACUCUAGAAUGAAUGAAGUACCGAACAUGGUAUUUCUCUCAUCCCUGCAGUGUUUCAGCUAAAUUUGUGUGCUGCUUUGGUGUUUAUUGUCUGAUCUUACGUUGUCUUCUGUUUUUCUGUAAAAUCUUUUCCCUGCCAAAAAUGCUCAGUUUUGCCCUAAGCUAUAAAAAACAUUCUCCCUAGUGAAUCUUUUCUUCUGCUUGUUACUCAGAUAAAUGGUUCCUUAGGAAGAUAGCUGGUGAGAUUGAAAAUCUCUCUAUGGUAAACAGACACUGAAAAAGGGGUGCACAGACUUUACAUCACUACCAGCUACUUGGGCAUUUCUUCAUGGUUUGGCAUAAAAUGUGGCAGCAGAGUGGCAGCUAUUAAAGUCUCAGCACUGAUGUGAAAUUUGGUUAGUCUUAUUUUUUCUCCAAUGCUAAAAGUUAUCCCUGAGCUGGCUCUGAGUGUGUGAAGCAUGUUGGUGCAGUGACAUCAGCCCCUGGGUCUGUGACGCUUUAUAAUGUGUAUUAUUUCAGAAGUAGUUCAUUUUGAAUAAUAAUAAUGGAUGCAGUCCUUUGGGAGUUUAGCUGUGCAGGCACCAGUGAAAUGAAUGGGAAUUGCAUAGAUAGGCCUCCCUGCAGAUUUUACCAACCAAUAUUAAAAAGCCUUUGAAACACAGCCUCCUGCUUAAAACAUAAUUAUUUGAAAGUAAUAAUAUGCAUGCUCUGAUGCACAUACAAGUACUUGCUAAUAAUAAUGCUGGCACUCUUAAACUGUUGUCCUCUGAGCAACCAUCAACAUUUUGCAAUAUUUUAUAGCCAGUCUUUGUAGUAUUGGUGUAUGACAUGCAGCAACUGCUGACAGGGUUUAUUUUUUCCUGUUUCAAGAUCAAGGUCUAUUCACCCUGACCAUUCUUACGGUAUUUUCUCAUUAUUUUUAAAAGUAGGAGUCUUGUUUAGAUAGUAUCUUUCUCAUAUGCAAGCCUUGCACAAUUCUUUGCAAUAUGUGUGCAUGGACAGCAGCUAGGCAAAUCAUUUCAGGGGUGCUGAUGACCUGCUGAGGCCUAGUUGCACCACAACCUCAAAAUCACACCCUAUCACUUUCCUAUUUCAGCCCUCACAAUCUGUAAAGUGGGUUCAGUCCUUUUAGUCAUUCUCACCUCUUUGUGUAUGCAUCUGUUGAAACAGGCCUGUGCAGAGAGGGGGAUGUAGCUGGGUUCACUUACCCCAGGCCUUGGUGGACUAAGCUGGCCAGGUUCCCCCGCCAGGGAUGGGCUGCUUUUUUGUUUGAGUUCAUAAGUUUAUUCUGCAUAGGCCUGUGUUGAAAUGGUGGAGCUUGUCCACCUUUUACCACACAGAUUUCCAAUACGUACAGUCGUACCUCGGAAGUUGAACAGAAUCUGUUCCAGAAGUCCAUUCGACUUCCGAAACUUUUGGAAACCAAAGUGCAGCUUCUGAUUGGCUGCAGGAAGCUCCUGCAGCCAAUAGGAGGCCACGGAAGCCCCGCCGGACAUUUGGCUUCCAAAAGAACGGUCGAAAACCGGAACACUCACUUCUGGUUUUUGAUCGUUCGGGAGCCAGAACGUUAGACUCCCAAGGUGUUCGGGAGCUGAGGUACAACUGUAUAGCAGGAUGACAGGGGAAGUCAGCUGUGACUUUGCCCUGGUUCAGGCACAAUACAACUGGCCCCAACCAUUUUGUGCGAGAGAAAUGGACCCUCGCCUCUAGAGGCGUUGUGGUUCCCCCACAGUACCCAUCAUUUUAGACAGCUGGUGGAAGGGAGGAGUCAUACCCUCCAAUGUUUUGCAGCGGGAAACUGGAAUGCCCAUCUUCUGGGGCUCACUCACUGCGUGAGUCACAUGACCUGUUCGAGAGCACGACACCCCCAAAAUGUUCAUUUUUGGGCACCAUGCUCUUAUGCAAGAUCACAGCCCCCCAAAACGGGAUGUCCAGUUGAGGGGUCUGGAGGAGCUUGUGUUCACUCUCCCAGCACAUGAAAGAACUGGAGUAUCUGACUCCUGAAUAUCUGUUUUCCUUUAAAAACACCGCCAGUGCUUUACUUCAAACCAGCAGUUUGUUCAUACUUUUACUCCGAGUUAGAGAUGGGUCCUGAGAACGAACAGUCUGUUGGAUAGUCCCUUCAAAGCACAGAUGGGUUGCUGCUUGGGGAAUAUUGCUUGGCUGUAAUAAAGUAUACGGACAUGACUGUGGCUUGUGGGAGGGGAGAGGGAGGUUCUGCUUGGCUUCUACAGGGCAAACCACAAUGUAGCAUGCUGGGGGAAGCAGGGUUGCACUUUUAGCUUAAAGUUUCCUAACCUGCUAGGAUGUUCAAAGACCGGUUUAGUCAUCUGCUGCAUAUCAAAUGUAUCUCUAGAGAUCUUGCAAUAAAGAGCAUGCUGUAAAAUUCCCUACAUAGGAAGCUGCCUUCCCUCAAAUUCAGUAUUGUCUCACCUCCAGGACUGGAGCUUCUCCCAGCCCAGCUGGAGAUUGAAAUGGGACCUUCUGCGUGCAAAGCAGCUACUCUGCCCCUGACCUAUGACCCUUUCCCAAAUAUACUCCCUUUGUAUAUACUGUACCGUAUUCUCACAGUGAAAAAUACACCAGAAAGCCCCUCAUGCCCUGGUGUGAUAGGAACAAAUUGCUCAACUUGUCUAAAAUCGUUUAGUGCAAAGUUUUUCUGUCUUGCAAGACCUUAGAAAAACCCUCAGAUAAUUGCAGUGUAUUCUCCUCUCCCUGAUGCUUCUGCAGCGUUUCUACAAGAAAGCAGCCGCGUUUGUAUUGCGAGCAGUUGGAAAACAUUCUCCCCAGCUAGCCCAGGCGAUAGUUGACUGUGGAGCACUAGACACGCUGGUCAUCUGCUUGGAGGAUUUUGACCCUGGAGUAAAGGAAGCUGCGUCCUGGGCCCUCGGCUAUAUAGCGAGACACAAUGCAGGUAACAGCAUUCCUAACGUUGAGAAUGUUUUUGUGUGUGCUAACAUGGUGACAACUGUCAGAGGGAACACAGAAAGAGCAUGGUCACAGCUUCUUUAUUGCCAAAUAAGCAGGUAACAGGCCAAGCAACAUCCAUUGUAGCUUCAUGGGAUAGCAUGUGUCAGAUGCGAUAUUAGCAGAUAAGAGCUACUGUAGCAUAAUGGAUAUUCAAAUUUUGCCCUAAAAUUAAAUAUGGGGAUAUUAAUGCUGACCCACCUUAUAGAAUUGUUGGCAGGAACACAGAGUUAAUGCAUGCAAAAUUAUUUGAACAUUCAAAAAAGUGCCAUAUAAAUCAGGAGUGAGGGAAGAAUUAAGGGAGGCAGUAAUGAAACCACAAGCACUACUUCCUAAAUCUCCCACUUGUAUCUAGUGAUUGUAGCUCUGUGGGCAGGGCGUAACUACAGUUCCCAGGACUCUUUGGUGAGGAGUCCAGUGCUUUAAAUGUAUGGUGUGAAUCUGUCCAUAAUGUAUGGUGUGGAUCUGCCCAUAACAACUGCUUUGUUAUAGAGUUUCUAGGCCAUAUUUAUUUGUGUAUUUGCAAGAAUAUUUAUAAACUGCCAACCCGCAAAUAAUAUUAGUAGAAUGUACAGCAGAGGUAGAGAAGUGGAUCUGGUUUGUGGUCCAGAUUCUUAUCUUCCCCACUACCAUCCCUCUACAGGACCAAGGGCCUGCCGACUGUCAAUCACCUGACAUUUGAAUGAUGACAGCACCUAUGUGAUUUGGGGGGCUUGCAAAGGCCCAUACCCCAUGCAGGGGCCCAAUACAGAUCCCUGGAGCCCUGGGGAGCUGCUGUUCCUCUUGCUUGUUUUCAUUGCCUGUUCACCUGCCCUCUCCAAGCGUGCAGAGACAAGAGUGAGGAGGUGAAACAGCAACAUCCCCUAUCCUAUGCUUUCCCUCUGGAGUGGUUGUGUGGAUUAGGUUUAGAGGGAGAGGGCAUGUCAAUUGGCAGUGGGGCUGGAAACAAAGAGGAGGUGGGCCUACCCAGAAAGGUGUUCCAAGGAUCGCCCUCCCAAGCCUAGAACUAGCACUUUGUAGAACAAUAUGCUAAUAGCUAGCAAAUAUCCAUGUAUAUAAGACCUGUGCUCCCUGUUUCCUCUCUGCCAGCUUCCUUUUAAGUAUGUUUAGAAACCAGAAACAACCAAGUGAUUAUUUUUUUAAAGCGUAGAAUUAUACUUACAUCCUUGGCCAUAUUUUUCAAAUCUUCCACUAAAUUAUCAGAAUAAUUUGUUUUCCAAAUCACAGAAAGCUUGCAUGACAAUGCUCCUGAAUAAACUGGAGGGAAAAUAAUGGCUUAUGAAAAAGAAAAAAGAGAGCAAGAUUUAUUUAGGAAAAACCAGACAUAUAGGAAAAUAGAGGAAAUGUUGAAUAGAUUUCUAACAUGUACACUAUCCUAGUUUAGACAGUGAAGACUAGAAGACAGGGGAAAAUACUUGUUACAAAGAGUUCGUAAAUUACCAGAGCAUGCUUCUAGAGAGCUAUGCCUCUUCUCCUCUCAUGAAGCAAUUGUAGAUUCAGACACGCAGAGAACCUGUGUCCAUGGAAACAGUAAUACAUAGCAAACAAAAUGGACCACACAGCCGAUCAGGAAAUCCUCUCUCUCAUACGGAUCACAGUCUUUGAUUCUGAAUGACAUCAGACCUUGUGGGGCUGAGCCAAACACAAACCACUUUUCUGAAGUGCUCCAAUUAACAGUGGACAAUCAAUAUGCAGAUGGUUGCAGGUAAGAAUUAGAAAGCGAACUGAAAUCUGAUCAGUACAAACAGUGGUACUGGAAUCCUAGUGGGCAGUAAGGCAUACCUUGGAGUUUAAAGGAAGACCUUUACAAUGGUGUUAAGGGGUUUCCAGAUGCAUCUUGACCAUCUUGGUAUGUACUUCCCAAUCUUCUGAACUACAGUAAUGUUGAUUUUAGCAUGCAAGAUGGAAAUCCAUGAUGGUCACAGUUUUGCUGAUACAAUAAAACCAGGAGAACCUGCAACAAAAUAUUGCAGUGUAUUCCUGGUGCGCCUCCUCAGCCAGCCUGGAACAGUGGUCUCAAUCUUAGCUGUGGGGGAGCAGGGAGAUUUUCAGGAGGGAAACAGGAGAAUAGGAUACUGUACAUUUCCCCCCUUUCCACCAUAUUGAGGUCUUCCCUAUUGUGCCAUAGCAUUGGAGGGAUCAGGUUUUCAGGUUUCACUGCAAGCUCCAGACCUAAGCAUUAUAUAGCAGUGGGUGGAGUUCUAGAGAAAAUUCCUGUAUGUUUCAAGGAGGGGAGAUUUUUAACCUCCCAGCACACAUCAUACUAAGCCUAAUCCACUCCUCCAAGAUUUUUACUAUAAAUUCUUAAGAGCUUGAACAUGCAUGUUUCUUGUCUCCCUCCCUCCACCUCCAGAUUACAUGUUUUUCCUUCACUGACACAUAAACAUUAUGUACACCCUGGAAGCUUGUAGAUCCUAAUCAGACAAUGUUUGUUUUAAAUUUUAACUUACACGUUUAUAUACUUCUACAACGCCAGAGUUUUUUUAAUAUAUAAAAAAUUGCUGGCUUACUCUUGCAUGACCCCAUUUUGUUUUCUGACAGGCAUUUGACCUCCUAAGUUCACUCUUACAGGGAAUGAUACAAUCUGAUUUAUAAUAUAUAUAUAUUUCCCUUGUAUCACCUGACAUAGGUCUUCCAUCUGCUCCCUUUAUUUAAACUUAACAUUCUUUGUUCAGAACCCUUCUGUGCCUUUCCUCUGAACUAGAAUUAAUUCCCAUAGCCUAAUUCUUUUUUUAAAAAAUCCCUCCUCCACCACCACCAUCACCUUCUUCAUCUAGGUUGUGGGUGUUGGAGUGAAAUAGUGUUGUUUCUGGAGUGUGAUAAACAAUGCAAAAUCUAUAUAGUAUUCAUUUUCUGAGAAAGGGAAAAUAAGCUUUUAUACAUAAACAUGCAUGUACCUAAAUUUAUGACAGAACUCUUCAAAUCUGAAAAUGUAAACGAGAAUAUUUUCAAUAUUCUGUUUUAAGAUGAAAUCAUAUUCAUUAUAUUUUAUCUACAACUUGACACACGGGGAAAAGAGGGAAGUCACAAGUCAGACAUCUCUUCAGAUAACCCUGUAGUAUUUAACAGCAACAUACUAAAAGAGCAACAAUUCAAGCAAAGGCCUAUUAAUUAAAUGCACUGGCCUAUUAGCUUAAGAUCCUUUUUAGAUUUUUGUUUAGAUUGUUCAGUUUCGUUGUUGUAUAGGUAUUAUAUUUAAGUUCCAAACCUACUUCUCCUUGUGCAGUGUAAAAUGUAGUUUCUAAGAAGUGGGGGAAAUACUUCAGUAGAAUGUUUUGUUUUAUUUAUGAACUUUCCUUACCAGCAUCCAGUCCAUUGGGAUGAAAUUUCACUGUUAAGUCUUAGGACUAGACUAUGAUAGGUUGUUCAGAAUGUUGCAUUUUUCAGUAAGUUAUGCUAUAAAAGCAAACAGACCAAUAUGCAUCUAUAGCAAUAUUCGGCAAUAGAAAAAUAUUUUGAGUUUUAUGACAAAUGCAAAAUAGUCAAGUAUGUUGUAAAUAAAAUGCAGGCUUCAUAUUGAAAAACCUAUGUAUUUGAUCUUGAGUACGAUCCUGAAUAUAGUGCAGUAGACUUUCGUACUUCAGCCCAUAAGAGCAGUAUCUUUGGUCAACUAAAUUUAACAGCAAAUUAAGAAUACUGUUUUUGUGCCAUUAUAGGUGCAAAAUACAAUACCAUCAGUCAGAUUUUUAAUGAUUGUAGCCAAUGGCUGUUACUAUAUGAAUAAUACAAAACCAAAUAAGAACAUCCAAGAGUAAAUUUAAAAACUUUCAGGACUGCAGAUUAUCAAACCUUUAAAUUAUAAAAUUCACCAAUUUAUUUAGAUUUAGCUGUGUCAAACCCUGUUUCUAAUGUGGGGGACUGGAGCAUUUUGGCUGAAUGGUGCUCUUUAGUAACUAUAUAAUAAUAAAAUAUAUAAAUUAUGCCAUGAGCAAGCACAUCAGUGGAGAAUCCAAGUUUGUGGUUAUAACAUGGUGAUUGGGAAAGUUCCACUGAAGGCUUUGAUUGAUGGACUGUAAAUGCAAAAUCAAAGUUGAAUCCUUGAAUUACAACAGCUAUUUGUUGCCAUGGCAGUGUAAGGCAGGUUAAAUGUUAAAGAUAAGAGAGUAUGUGCAUAACAAGGAGAGGACCUAACAAAACCUUAUUUAAGAACCUAUAAUAGCCCAUUUGAAAUUAAUGGGGUUUGUGUUCAUUUUUCAUCAUCUCCAAAAAUAGCCCUUGUUCUAUUCCAUGCAUUUGCUAUCCCGCAAUUUUCUACUUCAGUACUGAAGCUAAUGACAAAUAUGUGGAGGGAGGGUAAUGAAUUUCUGCUAUAACAGUACGCUGACUAUAUCAGUUAAUUGUGGGUUCUUGGGUUAAGAUGCAAGCAACUGGCCAUGGCAGCUUAAUGCAACUGUCUGUUGCAGUGAUUUAAUGUAGGGAAAGACGGUUAUUGGUAGUUUACUGAUGAGGAAUGCGCUGUUGAAAGAAAGAAAGAGCAUUUUGAUGUCCAAAAUUAGCAAGCCAGAUUUUGCAGUGGAGUCUACUAUUAUAUAUAGAUUUCUUCUUCUUUUUAAAAAUUGAGUGCAUUUAUUUAGGCAUGUUAUUUUUUUGCUUCGUCUACGAAUGGGGAUUAAUGCCAUCUAAAUUAGCUUUGUGGGAGAGGGGGACACGUUUUGGCAUUUUGGCUUUUCUUUAUUGUUAGCUGUGCAGAAACUGCUUGCCUAUUGAUCAGUGCCCCAACAGUCAGGGCUUAAACAGCUGACAUCUGCUUACUCUUUUUAAACACACACACACCACACACACACACACACACACACACGGUAACGAAACCAUUUCAGCCUAAUCUACCUCAAAUGUGUACAUGUAAAUGGAGGUCCAUCUAUUGACCUGUAUUCUUUUCAGCCAAGGAUUGGUCCACAUGGUUUAUGAAACUAGGAGGGCUGAUUUGAAAUGCAGAUGUCAAGGCACUGAAGUACACCCUCCCCUCUCCCCCUCCUGCUGUAUCUGUCAGGGUGAAAAAUGGCUUGCACAAGGGUCAGUCACCCAUACUCGCUUAAUUACUUUCAUUGGACCAACAGAACUGUCACAGGCUGUGGUGGAUGCUGGAGCCAUUCCUCUCUUAGUCCUCUGUAUCCAGGAGCCAGAGAUUGCUUUGAGAAGGAUUGCUGCUUCCGCGCUCAGUGAUGUUUCAAAGCAUUCUCCGGAGUUAGCACAGACGGUUGUGGACGCGGGGGCAAUUGCUCACUUGGCUCAGAUGAUCCUCAACCCCGAUGCCAAACUAAAGGUACUUUUUAAACUAUUUUCCCCUUCUCAUGACAUGGAACCCAUUUUCAGCUGUGAUGGCGUGUUGAGAAAAAAAAUGUAUUAAUCUAAAUGUUGGAUUCUAAAGGACUCUUAUCCCAAAAGACACAUUGCUAACUUGACUACUGGUAACAAAGUAGAGAUCCAGCUGCUUUUAAUGUGACUUCUGUAUAUAUACUGGAAAUAACUGGUGGGAAAGGAGUGAACCCACUCACCUUUAAAUGUUGAGAUUAUUUGGUUUCUAAUCAUCAGUACAUAUUCAGAUAUCUGUGACAAUUAUCUCAAGGGCUAGUCCAAGGUAUAGUGGUAUUUUCUUUACAUUUGAAACCUUCCUAACAUUGAUUCAAUAGGUCUAAUAUAUAGUGUGAAGUGCUGUAAUGGUGUUCUUAAAAUGGUAAUUCUGCAUUCUUAAGCACAUGCAUUUGGUCAUAGUUUCAUUUCUUUUAGUGGUACUUGGUUCCUACUAAAUCAGCUGAGAAACUUGGUACAGGACUGUAGGUUUCUCAUAAUAUAUAUGUUUUCUUUUUUACUGUUUAAUUUCAUAGCUAUUUUCUACAGAAAAUCAUGACACAAUAAAUGGAUAGUUAUUUAAAGGACUUCAACUUCCUUUGUCUUUUUAAUAAUAUGGUAUUUUAUGCCAAUUAACAGCAAAUGGCAUUUUCCACAUGCAUGUUUAAUUAAAAUAGUUUUUUUUAAAAAAAUAUUGUUAUUUCAGAUAUUAAAAUUUAAAUUAUAACAGCUGCUGAAAAAUUGUGGGGUCUGUACUUUGUAACUUAAAAGAAAAAAGCAGUUACUUCAUGUGUAAUGCUUUUAAAUGAGACCAAUAAACUGCAUGACUUCGGUUUUGAAUUUCUUGUAGCAUGAGUGCAUUUUCUUCCACUCUGGUUCCAUAUUUUAUUUACUCAAAACUAGCCCCUCUGAACUUAAUGAGACUUUAUUUAAGUAAAUGUGUUUUUCUUGAUAAUUACGUUUUGUUUGUUUGUUGCUGUUACACUAGGAGGACUGUGAGCUUUGUAAAAGUUGUGGGUGGUUUCAUUCUUUCACAGCAUGAGAGGAAGUUUUCUUUCUUUUUUAUUGUUCUAUAUGUGUGUGUGUCUGCGUCUGUAAAGUGUUUGCCCAAUAAGCCAUUUAUAAAACAAUCCUUCCUAUUUACCAGCGUCAGGUGCUCUCAGCUCUCAGCCAGAUAGCAAAGCAUUCUGUGGAUCUGGCAGAAAUGGUGGUUGAAGCAGAAAUUUUCCCUGUUGUACUCACAUGCCUGAAGGACUCGGAUGAAUAUGUCAAGAAAAAUGCUGCAACUCUAAUUAGAGAGAUAGCAAGGCAUACGCCUGAGGUAAAACCUUGAGAAUGCAAAUACAAGGUCAUGUUAUUAGUGUCUAUACUUUAAAUAAAUGUUAAAAAUUCCCAGUAUUAUUCUGUCAUUAGGCAAAGCGAAAAGCUCUGUGGAAUUUCCAUUGGUGGAAAAAAAAAAGAGAGGAAAUGUUUGUUGCUGUUAUUGAAUGUGUUUGGAAUACAAAUAGGGAAAUGGGCAAAAUAGGCUUUCCUUGCUUGUGGGUUUCAUUAUGGAGAGUAUUCUUAACGUUUAGGACACAAAGGAGAGUGUAGGGAAGGCAAUUAUGAAGUGCGUUUUUUCUUAAACUACCAUUCAACACACAGAUAAGUGCUGUUAAGAUCUCUCAAAUCAAUAGAUUUAAGCAUGUUUCAGGGUGCGUUGAAUUGUGGCCCCUCAGUUUUUGUGACGUGGCCCCUUCAGAAUGUCCAAUCAGUGUGAAAUCCAUUUUUUAAUGUGCUGCCCUAGCAAGAUACUAAUACUUACAUUACCUUUAAAAUGCUUAUUGUAUACUGAUGUGAAAAUCUCUGAAUUCUACAUCAUGUUUUUGAGCAGAUCUGAGUUAAGCUCAGUGCAUGGACUAUGGACUAAAGUAAAAAUAAACUGAUAACUAAGUGAGAUCCAUCUGCCUCCAUUGAACUAAAUACAGUGAAUCACAUACUGCAUAAUUGUCUUGCACAGAUUCCCUCUGAAACAAAUGUGGGGCUCCACAUGUCAGGUUUGGGACAUUACACCUUACAUUUCUUCUGCAAACGUUGCGGAACCUCAAUACCUCAAAUGCUCCAAAACUUGACUUUAAAAAAAACCCCAGUGUUCAAAUAUUAUCAACUAGGCUGAGAAGGUUAUAAAGAAACAAGAGAGUGUGUGUGUGAGGGGGAGCUCCCCCCUCUUGUGGUUCGUGAACAUUUAGAGCACACUAGGGUCUCAUUAUUGAGAGCUUUUAUUAAUUUAAGCCACAAAACCCCACGUCGAAAUCCGAUAUUCUCAUUAUUUCAGGUGCUCUGGGGCUUUAGGGAAAACCCCCCAGAUGCCACAGGGAUAAUGUGAGAGGUGCUGCUGGGGGUGGGGGGAGGAGGAAGGAUUUGGGGAAUCCUUGCUGUAGUCAAAACUUCCUUUGUGCCACAGGAGCACAAUCUCCACAGGAGUCCUCGCUCUGCUUCUCAAAGCUCAUGCAUUUGAAGCAGAGGAUUGGGAGGGGGAGGGGCUGCUGGGUUGCAGGCUGGAGCAGCCUCUGUAGAUGAAUCUGGUAUUGGGCUCCAGCGCCGAGGAUUUAUUUCUCACCAGGCCUUUUCUCGGAUGUAGCAUUUGAUCUUGAGAGAGUCCUGUUGAUACUUGUUCUUCAAAGGACAGCGUACUACAUAUACACAGUUAGUUUUCCAAAGCGAUUCAGUGAACAAAAUUGGCAUCAAAUGAUGAAGCCAAAUUGAAACAACGCACAGUAUUAGUUUCACUGUUUGGCUUUCAUUUGUCAGGCUGGCUGGUCUUGUUAAAAAUUAAAGCAGUGCACAGCCCUUGUAUGACUUUAAAUGCUAGCCGGAGAGGCUGCUAUUAAAUAUUGGAAAGCAGAUUUAUUUGUCUUCAACUGAGUUGCUCGAGUAAAUAGGCCUCGAAAUAGGGGAAAAAAUGGCUUUAUUUAUUUAUCUGAGGGAUUUAUAACCCGCCCUGCCAUAAAAUUCUGAGGGCAGUUACAAAAUUUAGAAAUACAGCAAAAUAAAUUUAAAAUGUACAACUUUUAAAAUAUUCUGAAAUAUACUAAAACAGUAAAAUCAACAGGAGCAGUAUGAAACCCAUAAGCCCCGCCAAUAUAAAACAGACCAAACUGAAGUAAAAUAAAAUUUAAAAAGUCUUUGCCUGGUGCCCAAAUGCCAUCAGUAUAGGUGUCAGGCAAAUAGGUCUGGUGUCAGCUCCCACCAUGGUGAGGCAAAUGCCAGGUCCACUGCUGCAGACAUCAGCUUCCUUAUAUAAAAAAAAUCAGCACAGCACUCUGCAAAAGAACCAUGAGGUGAGGAAGCUGUAGCCACCAUAUUAAUAUCCCCAGAAUCCCUCCAGCUUCUGAGGUGGGGCCCAGAGACAUUCUGGGGAAAUUUCUGGGGAAAUUAAGUUGGUGGUGGCUGCAGAUUCCUCACCUGAUGUUUCUCUGUUGCUCACACACUCUGCUGCUUUCUAUACCACUGCUGCCAUUGGGUAAGUUUGUGGGUGCCCAACCGCAGCAGUACUGUAGGGACCACUCCGGGGACCACUGCUCAGAACCCCUACAAACCUGGCAACCUUCUGUAGAUUAGCCUCCCCGGGGACAGCAUUCUGCAAUUGGAGCACCUCCAAUGAAAAGGCCCUUUUCCCAGUAGCCAUCCACAAAACAUUGGAUGGGCAGGGUACCCCAGAAAAGGGUCUCUGAUAAGGCUCUCAUUUUAGAUAGACAUAUGUAGAGAUAGUUUUUUUUUUAAAAAAAGUCUGUUUGAAGGUUUCUUCACUGUGAUAAGGGUAUAGUCUUGAGAAGUAGUGGCAUAAGCAGACUCUUGGAAAAGCAUAUUUUAAAAAUCCAUUAAGGAUGCAGUCCUGCACAGUGAUGUGUGUACAAGUCCAUGGAUUUCAGUGGAACUUUUAAGUAAAUUUGUGCAGGCUAUGCUUCCAUGAAUAUCAUGGGUGUAGCUGCCUCCCCACCCCCACCAAAUCAAGUAAGUAAUUAAAAAUACUUAACUGAGCAAAUCUGUUGCAGAUAACUCAAUUCUGCCCCACCCCCCAUAAAGCCAGGCCCCUUCUAAAAUAAAUCCUGGCUACACUCAUGAUGAAUAUCAUUUCUCAGUGGUGAAACAUGUUCACUAACUGCUACAGUGUUCUGCUUUUAGGGACUGUUUUGAAAAAAGAGAACACAGUUGCUGGGAACACUUUGCAUCACUGAUCCAAAAGCUCUGAUGGCUUUUAAUUUCUUUGCAAGCACACUUCAGGGUGCUGAUUUUAACCUAUAAGGUCUUGGAUUAAACAGUUCCAGACAGCUAUGUCUAUAGUUUCCUCUCCUAGUUUUGUUAUACUUUAAGUUACAGGGAGAAUGCAUGCUUGGAGAGCUGGGUUCAAGCUCCCAGGUGGCUGUAAAAUUCACAUAUGUGGCUUUUGGCCUCACUGCCUAACCUACCUGGUAGGAUUGUUGUAAAUAGAGAAUUGAGAAACUCUGCGGAUGUCACGUUGAGCUCCUUAGAGAAAAGGCAGGGUGGCAAUGUGAUAAAUUAAAGCUGGCAAUUCUGUCUGUGUGAUGAAAGCAUAUUCUUGAUGGCCUCUUUCCAAUUACCUCCCCUUGGAUCCAUGCCAAAGCCAGAGAAUGAAUAUUUUCUGGAAGUAUUUGGGGUGGGGGCAAGAUCCUAUUUAGGCUAAUUUAAAGGUCAAGAUUACUAUUGAGUGAGUUCUCUCUUAGGAUUAACACUGAACCUUUCAGGUAGGGAUGAAAAUAAAAAACUAAAAAUGCUAAAUGAGUUUCGUAUUGGGUUUAAAUAAUCUUCAUCCAGUUUUCUUAGGACUCCAGUGGUGACUCAACACACCUUCACUUACCAGGGUUCUUGGGAAUGUUCACCCUUUAAAAGGAAGCAAGGCUCUGAAUGCUGAACCAAGAGCAUUCAUUCUGUGCUCAGAAUGUUCAGCUUUUCAUUCAUUUGUCCAUGAUAAAUUUGACUUAAUCCUUCCCAUCCCCAAUUGGCCGUGUCUUUUUGAAAAAAAAUAGAGUAAUUUGGAAAGAAGUUGCGGCAAGAAAGAGAUGACACUAAAGAGCAGGUCAGUGGAGAAAGAAUAGGAUCCUUGGGAUCCUAUUCCCGCACAAGCUUUUUCCAUUGCUCUGCUUUAAUUCCACAGACAAUAUAAUUUUCAAACUUUGCUUGAUAAGAGCUGGAAGCUUUCAAAGUUUACAUUUUACACUGCACAGUGCACAUGUAGACACCCAGGAAUGUGAACAGGCCUGCAUUUAGUGUACAGGCAUAGUCCUAAAUGUUUGAAUGUGCUUAAACCCACUGAAAUAAAUUUAGGCUUGCCUUACUCUUUAUUAGGAAGUAUACCAAGCACUUCCAUAGCUCAGUGGUAGAGCAUAUGCUUUGCAUGUAAAAUAUCCCAGGUUCAACUCCUGACAUGUCCAGAUAGGGCUGGGGAAGAUUCCUGUCCGAAACCCUGGAGAAGUGCUGCCAGUCACUGUAGACAGCACGGACCUAGAUGAACCAAUAUUCAUAUAGGUCAUCGCUUAUGCACAUAUCUUGAACAGAAGGGGCAUCUAUACACCUGUGGGUGACAGUGGUUUACACCCUACACCAUAACUCCUUAUAUGUUGCAUAUGUAACAAUGUAUUUACAUAUACACCCCUUUUGUGUGUGCAGCACUGCUCUUCCACUGAAGCAAAUGGGAAAGUCCUUGUGGACCAAAACCUCUGAAUCCACGAGAAUAAUCAAAUCUAGCUAUGUAUUCACUUACAAAUCAAUACAUCCUAAUGCUUACUAGUAAGCUCCUUGUCUUCAGCUGCACCCUAAGAUUUCUGUGGAGCAAAAUGGGUUUGCCCUGGUUGCUAGGGCCAGUAGAACAGGGUUGAUAAACCUGUUCCACUCCUGAUAGUGUGAAUUCAGCCCUAUGGCCAAUAGUCAGGGAUGAUAGGAGUUAUAGUUCAGUAACAUUUGGAGGACCACGGUUUCUCCAUCCUUUCAGUGGAAGGCUGCAUUGUAUUAUACUUUGCUAAUUUGAAUACAUCUGUAAGCAUAUGUUUAGCAUAUAAUGUGGCUGAUUAAGCACUAGGGGCUUCUUCAGCUCACUUAUAUCCAUAUGAAUAGAAUGGCUCAUUUUUUAAAAAAAUUAUUUUUUGGUGUGCAUCAUCAAUAGGGAUGGAGUCACUUGGCCAUAGACUGCUUGACUGCACUGUUUGACAGUUACUUGAAAUCCUUUCUGAUUUAUCUGUUUUCAGCUUUCACAACUCAUAGUGAAUGCAGGGGGAGUUGCUGCUGUCAUUGACUGUGUUGGUUGCUGCAAAGGAAAUGUUAGACUUCCUGGUAUCAUGAUGCUGGGCUAUGUGGCAGCUCAUUCAGAGAACCUGGCCAUGGCAGUGAUCAUUUCAAAGGUUAGUUCUUGCGGGCUGCUAUAAUCAUAAUGAGAUUCUGAGAAGAUGAUGCAUAUGCGUGUGGCUGUGCAGGCUAGGUGUCACAACAAUGUGUUCAUCAGACUGGUGAGGAUGCUGAAGACAAAGAAUGCAAGUUUGUUUUUCAUAAAUGUUUGAUCCCCUGAUAGCCAUGAAGCUCACUGGGUGUCUUUGGGCUGGUCACUAUCUCUUAGGUAGCCCAUGUGCACUGUUUGGAGUCCCUUGAAGGAAAGGUGGGAUAUGAAUGGCUUGCAUCCAAUGGUGGCUUUACCUUGCUGGAAAAUGCUUCCUUUCAGUUAAGGUGGAACGCCCAAUUUUUGCCUAUCACUCCCUUUCCACUUAAGUUCCACCUGAGAAGCUGCUUCUGAAGAAUCAGGGACUCUCCAGAACAGUAUGGGAUAUGUUGCAGAGGAUUAUGUUGCAUAGGUGAGGUUGGCAAAAAUCUGGAUUGUACAAUUGGAAGCCCUAUCUGCUAAGGCAAAGCUGCCAUAGGAUGCAGCCCAAUGCAAACAAACAGACAAAACAAACAUAAAUCUCAUGCACCCUCUUGACACUGUAAACCAAUGGGAAAAGCAACUGAAUAUAGGCUAGCUACUGAUUCAAACAUCUUGGAUGUUUUUCAUGAACUGUAGGACAGGGAUGAAAAUAACAUUUCACACUUCAACUGGAAUUCUUCUUUCAUUAUGUAAUCUAAACACAAUUAGAUACCAGCCUUGCUGGUUUCAGUGGCUCUUGCUCCCAAAAGAAUGAACUUUGUAUCCCACUUAUAACCUAGUCAUAAAAAUUCUAAGUUGUAUUUAAAAGAUUAUGUGUAAAAUCUUUAGAAAAAAGGUGUUUGUUUAAUCCCAAUUUAGAAAGAAUAUUUUUAGCACAAUUCUGCCAGAGUUAAACAUUUUAAAAUCCUGAUUUCAAAGGGAGAGUUAUGCACAUAUUUAAUUCUCUUUCUCCCUGUCCCUCUCUCUCCCUGCAUGUGUGUUCGAGAGUGUGUGUGUGUGUGUGUGUGUGUGUGUGUCCCCGUGUUAAAUCAGUGCCUACAUUUGGCUGGAUUGUGCCUUUGUUUAUUUAAUAACUUCCAUAAUUCUUUUUAAAAAUACCAUAGAGAUAAUGGUGUUCAGAGUUAUUUGGGGAGCAUUAAAGAAAUCAGAAAGAAAUUCAUUGUUAAAAAUGUCAUUGAAAUAUGAUAACUAUGUCCACUUAAAGGUAGGGUGUUUGUGUUUCUAAAGCAAAAAAAUCACUUGAAUGUAUUAAUUUGUGUUCCAUAACCAGAGUUAUGCUCUUACUCAUUGUGCCUGGAAUGCAAUGGAAUAGCAGGGCCUUGGGUUUUGUGUUUUGUUUUAAGAAAGGUUAUGGAUUAGUUUGCUAGCACAGUCUUGCAUUUUCAUGAGAUGCUAAUCGAGUUGUUUUUCCAAAUGGUAGAAACAAAAUUGGCAAUUGGCUUCUUAGAAUGAAUAUUUGAUGUCUCACUUUAAAUUUCUUCAAAAUAAGAAUGCAUAAAACAAACAUGUACCUGCUUUGCUCCUGCUGUGGUACAUUUAAAGUGUGUAUGGUGGUGGUGGGGAAUUAAACGCUGCAAAAAAGUGAAACACAUUUAUGCUCUGUUCCAUCAUGAAAUGACUUGCAGUUUUGAAGCCUUGUGAAUGCUCUUCUAUUUUGGUUUUCCUGCAUUGCUUUAUUUGAAAUGGCUAGACUGCUAAGCAAGCUUUUGUGUCUGAGAUGAGGGUUGCUAGAUAACCUGACAGUGAGGAAGAAAAUGUAAUAUUUCACUGCGUUGUGAGCAAUAUAGGUAUUGAUGCUAUUGUGUCUCCCUCUCCCUUAAAAAAAUGUAUCAAAUGGUUCCUGGUGGAUAGUAGAAUGUAUUGAUGCUUUUUUAAAAAAAACCACACCAAAGUGUUCUAAUUAUGAAAUUGUCAGGACUAAAAGCCAACCUGACUGAUGAAAGUUCCAAUAUACAUCUGUAAGGGUCAACGCUCACAUUAAUAAUAAUUUUUAGUUGUGUUUAACGGCAUUGUGUGGAGCAAAUGAAGAAAAGCAAGUAAAAAGGACCUAAAUAUCCUGCUUGGAGUGGUGGAAGAAACAACCCUGCUCCCUCCAAGCAUUAUGGCUGUCCCCCAUCCAUUCAUUUAUGUGAGGCUUGUGUGGCAGCCUCGUGCAAGUCUUACUGAAAUGAGCACAGAGGCAGUGCUUGGUUGCUUUCCAGGAAACCUGGGAAAGAAACCUGAAACCCUGGAAUUUCAGUGCCUGAUAAAAGCGCCAGCUUUGCUUUCUGCUUUCUGCCUGAACUGUGGCACCUGCUCUCUGAAUCCUUUUGGAAAGCAAUAAACGUGUCAGCUCUAACAGCCCUUAUCUCAGAGAAAUUUGCAGAUUUAAUAUUCUUCUGAUGCUUAAAUAUGUAGCGUUCAGGAGUAGUCCUUGCAGACGGUGCAAGUGACAGAGGCAUCAUAGGUGCUUUGAGUUGAGAAUGUAUAAAUACAGAGAAAGGGAGAAGCUUUUUAUUCCAUCCCCUCCCUCCCCAGCAAUCUUUGCAAGGUUCUCCAAACCCAGCCUGGAUUCAUAGUGUUUUGUGCUUUUGAUUAAUACCACAGGGGGUUCCACAGCUGGCAGUGUGCUUGUCAGAAGAGCCAGAAGAUCAUAUUAAGGCAGCAGCUGCCUGGUCUUUGGGACAGAUUGGGAGACACACUCCGGAACAUGCCCGUGCUGUUGCAGUAGCAAAUGUCUUGCCUGUGCUGCUCUCCCUGUAUAUGUCACCUGAAAGUUCAGAAGAUCUUCAAGUCAAAGUAAGUAGAUUUGCCUGACGCUUUGAGACAGGGUGGGCUAGAAAGCAAAUAACAUUCGAUUAUGGGUUAGCAACCAGUUUGGUGCUAAGGUAAUAAGUAGUAGAUUUCUGGGAAUGGGCGGCGAUUUGCUCACCCUGCCUGGGAAUAUGUAGUAAGCCAGAUGGCUGCUGCUAAAUUGCAUAGAUCCGUUAGCACAAUUUAUCAUUUUAUCAAACUACAAUUGGUGGAUGUGCCAGGCUGUUUUAAAGGUACAAUAUUCUCAUUUAGAGACCUUCUGGUUCAACCAUACCAUCCCCAUAGGCUGUGAUUCAGGCUACAUAUGUGAAAGCAAGUAUCACUAUGAAAUAGGAACCUGCGGUAGUUACAGCAAGUAACUAGUUUAUUUGCUCAUCUGGCCCAGUAUUGUCUGUUGUGAUUGGCAGAUUCUCCCUAGGGUCUUAGGCAAGCAUCACCUGCUACCUUAUCCUUUUAACUAGGGAUGCUGGAGUCAGGUGCUCCUCUACUGAGUUGCAGUCCCACCCACUCAGUGGGACAUGGCCAGUUUCUACAUUAGUGCAGCAGUGGAAGAGCCAUUUCCCCAUGGCUUCUUCCCAUGCAACUUUAGUAUCAAUGGGCCACUUAAUGUAGUUUCUUUUGACGUGAGCAUCUCCUAGACCUCCAAAAGCGAUGUUUGCAUGUAAAGGAAGCACACUGUUUGGUUCAGCCAUCUUGUUCCUCCAUUGGUGUGCACUAUAUAUGCCUUAGAAUGAGGUGGUAAGAGUCCUGAGGUGUUAGAGUAGAUUACCACUUCAGACUAUGUGAAAACAAAACUCCUUGCAGAUGGAAAACUAGAUUACCAGGAAGAAAACUUCAGCUGUGCUUGCUUUCUGCUUGAAAGUGAUUUGUUUUAAACUUCAGCAAAUGGUAUUUCAGAGAACAUUCAGAAAUGUCAUUCCCCCCACCUGUAAUCUGAAAUGGUACAGUCCAUUCUGUUCCAUCAGGAUUCCACCACCUCCGUUCUGCUUUGCGCAUAGGCCAGGACAUUGCCAGAGAAGCACAGGGUGAAGCUAUAUGGAAGUGGCUCCCCCCAGUGUUUCAGUAACAUAUCAACUGGGCCUUACCUCCAAGAAAAAAAUAUAGUUAAGAUCAGAGCGUUCGUAUUUACUGUUUCUGCUGUACAGGAUAUGACAUAAUAUUGUCUGAGUCAUGGAAAGUUUUGGGGCCUCUCUAGGUUUUUGCUUCCUUUUGAGGAUAGCAGCUGGAGUGUAAAGUGUAAAUCAACUUGCUUAGAAGUGUGCAGGCUGGGGAGUGACACAUGGAAAGUAACAAAGAGCGUAAGUUGCACUCUCACGCAGGAAACAUUCGGAGCCACACAAGCAAGAGUCCACCAAUCUAUUCUCCUCCUCUCUCCUGUUUCUCUCUUCUUGGCUCUGCCUUUCUUAAGCUCCAUUUGCUACUGUAGUUUGUGCACACAUACCUUCCCAGAUGGUCAGCCAUCCAAGGAGCUACAAAUCAUGCCUCUCUGAAACCAGGAGUCAUAAUUCAUUCCAAGCAUAGGAGAACCACAUGAGGGGAAAUCUCUUAUUACAACAAGGGCUUCCUGGAUUUUCUUGGCCUUUUCCACAGCUGGGGUUAUGGCAUGGGAUAAACCUGUGCAGAGCACAGCUUCUAGCGGCUUUUUUGGGUAGCUGCCUGUCAGUUGUGGUAGCUGAUUAUUUAUAUUCAUUUUAUUUCAGCUUUUUAUAUACUACAUAAUCACUGAAGUUUCUAAGUGGUGUUUAUAAAAUGGAAAAAAAAACCCUUACAGUGACUAGAAUAAAUUGAAAUUAAUUAGAAAAAGAUGAAUCUUCCUUAAAAUGCCUGCUGGAAUAGAAAGGUCUGUGUCAAGCAUCUGAUCUCAGCUGGGAGGGAGUUCCACAGAAUCAGGCCCAUAAUACUGAAUGCAUGCUUUCUAGUGGACACAAGCCAUGCAUCUGAGCCACUAACAAGAGCCUUCACUGAUUAUCUCAGUGCCUGGGCAGGGAUAUAAGGAACCAGGUGUUCCUUAAGGCGUCCGAGACCCAAGUUGUUAAAGACCCUUGUAAAUUAAUAUGGGACCCUUGAACUUGGCCUGGUAACAUAUGGGUAGCUAGUGUUAGCUUUUACACUCUGGAAUUAGGUGUUAGUAGUCUCUCUUCACCAGCAGCCUAUCCACAGCAUUUUUCACUAGCUGGAGCUCCCAGACUAUGACCCAAGGAUAUCCUACAUAGAGUUCAUUGCAAUAAUCAAGUCUUGAGGUUACAUGACUCACUGUGCCCAGCCCAUCACUGUUUGCAGCAUUCACCACUGCAGGGGGCAGUGGAGGAGGAGGAGGGGUCAGUGCCACCUGCCCAUGCUGACUGCUGGAAUCUGUACAGAUCAGGGCCGUCCAUUUUUCUCAGGAGCUUCUUAGUGACCAAGUAAGCAUCAUACCAUCCACAGGGUAGAGGGAACUAACCUAGGCCUUGAUGCAUUUACAUGCUUAGGUAAUUUGAAAGUUCUCCGCACCCUAAUCCAUAUGCAAGCUCGUUUACAAGCUGUGAUGCUACGCUGCACUGUGCAAAAGCACAUGGGACUGGAUGCUAGUCUGUUUACUGCAAGGGAAAUCAUUUGCAAUGCUGGGUGUUGUCUAUGCCUAUUUUCUGUACCAGGUUGGUGUCAGCUAUUGGCACUGCUGCAUCAGCACUGGAGCAACACAUUCUUGCCAGUGUUUCGCAACAUAAAAAAGAAGAAGAUAUAUGUUUAUAACAUGUCAGCUCCCAUACGAAGGAUCUGAGUCCUCUCCCCGCACCCCUAUUUUAUCACUGGAAAAGGCUCUCCUCCACCUACCGCAUGCUGUGUUCGUUUACUUUGUCAUAGCCUGUCUUAUAAAUAAGCCAAGGAUGUGUUUGCUUAAAGAAAAACGUAACUCUAUUACAAUAUGCCAGAAGUUCAAAAUAUGUGUCAGCAGCUGCAGUAUGUGAAAUGGCAGGCUGUGCCCAGCACAGUGCCUUUCCGUUUGUGAAAGGUGUGGAUGCAUUUCACAGAUCUCAGAAGCCAGUCAGUAUUGAGGCCAUGGCACAUUGGUAGAGGACAUCAACCCCCCACCCCCACCCUGUCCCAGUACUGCAAUCCUGAUGAAUAAAACCCUCCCCUGAAGCUACUAUUCCACCUGGGAGGAUGAAGUUGCCACUGGUGUCAAAGACUGCUUCGGAAAUCACCUUAUGCCUGGUCAGACCCUUUCUCCCUCUGGCCCAGUAUUGCUUAUUCUGACUAACAGCAGUCUUCAGGGAUCAAACAGAAAACUUUCCCACCACCUUCUACAUGACCCUUUAAUAGUAAUUUAUUAUUCUUAUUCUUAUUCUUAUUAUAUUUAUACCCCACCCAUCUGGCUGGGUUUUCCCAGCCACUCUGGGCGGCUUCCAACAGAAUAUUAAAAUACAAUAGUCUAUGAAACAUUAAAAGCUUCCCUGAAAACAUUCAUUAUUUAAUCUGUAACCUUCUGCAUGCCAAGUAUGAACUAUAGACCCACCCCUCUUGCAGCGAAUAGCAGCUUAAGGAGGGAUUUUAAUUGGAACUGCAGGACUUGGGCAGGGGCAGAGUUAACAUCUCAUUCCUCCAUGCCACUGUUCAGACCCUGAUUGGGGGCAGAGUUGCCUGCAGUGCUAUUUAGUUUUUAAAAAAUAUAUAUAUCUGUGUGUUUCACAUUUAUCUAGUUUGGCCCUUGGUGAUCAUGUGCAUUCUUAGAAUAACAGUUGGAUGGUCAUUCAGUGCUGACUGGUGCUGCCAACUUUUGAUUUCAGAAAUGCUGGUUUGCGUUUAUAGGUGGAGACUGGUAGAAUCUGAUAGGCGCUAGAGAUGCAUCCAGCCAUCCCUCUCAGAAAUUCUAAGUUUCCACAGAUCCUCGGGAAGGAGCCAAAAGCUGUAGAAUGACUCGAGAUUUCUCCAGAAACUCAUACUAACUUUUAAGUUGAAAAUAGCAACAAGGACUAGAAAACAGGAGGUAUUCCUGAUAAUUUGUGGGAAUUUGAGCGUAUACAGAUGUCUACUGCACUAGGCAGAGAGGGGAUACAGGGAGAGGGGGGUUAGGUAGGUGGGUCUAUCCUGAUAACAUUGGUUAAAGCCUCUCUGACAAAUUGGUGCAGCAAGGCUGGGAGAGGCAAAAGGGAGAAGAGUGAUGUCACUCGGUCUCAAUGUUGCAUAUGAUGCUGCUUGAACUGUUGUGGCACAAGGAUAUAUGAACAUAUGGAAUUGCCUUACAUUGAGCAAGACCAUUAGUCUAUCUAGUGCAGGACUGUCUACUCUGACCAGUAGCGGCUACCUAGGGAUUGGUCUGUGUGCAUCUGUGCAAUGGGUCAGUGCAUCUGGCUGUUAACCAGAAGGUUGGUGGUUUGAACCCAUCCAGGGACGGCUGUGGACAGGAUUCCUGCAUUGCAGGGCGUUGGACUAGAUCAGCAUUUCCCAACCUUGGGCCUCCAGCUGUUUUUGGACUACAACUCCCAUAAUCCUCAGCUAGCAAGACCAGUGGUCAGCGAUGGUGGGAAUUGUAGUUCGAAAACAGCUGGAGUCCCAAGGUUGGGAAACACUGGACUAGAUGACCCUCAGAGUCCCUUCCAACUCUAUAAUUCUGUGAUUCUAUUAUUGAACCCCGAACCUUAUAUUUGUGUGUGCGUACUCUAUUACUGCUGACCUACAGUACUCCUCCAGACAUUUAAAAUUAUGGUUUGGAUUGGCUGCCUGUUUCCUUGAUGUCCUUGAUGUAUUUGAAUUCAUGUCUUUCAAUUCAAAUACAGCGUUCUGGUUUAAUUGAAUGGUGAAUGUUAGUUAACCACACAAAGGGCUUAAACACCCAGCCGUGGGUAGCUCAGUUGUGUCUGCCUUUAAAACUCCAAGAAUGGGAAGCUGGAUACAAGCUGUUAGUCACUGCAGCAUUUUAAUCUACUUGCAACGUUAGUACAGAGGGAUAGAAUAUCAUGUCAUUAUCUAAUUACAUUUGAGGUUAGUAGAACCUCAGGUAGUCACAAGGGAGAGACAGGUAUCCCUGCAGGAUACAGAAGAUCCAUUUUGGACUACAGAAAUGCAUACUGAAUGUGUGGAGUCGCAGGAGACAAAGUACAUGUUAGGUCAGCUGCUCUCAACCUUUUUGCUGACUCCAGACCACUUGAAAAUUGCUAGGGGUCUCAGCAGACCACUUAAUACAUUUUUUUCACUGAAACCAUUGUCAAAAGCAGCACCAAAUUAUGAAAAUCACAGGUGCCAGGCUGCUGAGACUGGCCCCAUUAAUUUGCAGAUUUCUAGCAAGGAAAUGCACCAUCACUGCAUUAUGAAAAUUGUAGGCCUUAGAUCAGAGCCUUAUUAGUCUGUCCAAUAAAUCCGUCUCUGAUUAAAACAGCCUUGAUCAUCAGAAAAAUACAAAUUGUGCUGGGUUAAGCACAAGUAUUUUUCAUUUGUUCUCUAACCUUUCCAUGGAUCACCUGAAUGGAGCUUGCAAACUACCAGUAAUACAUGGACCAGACUUUGAGAACUUCAGAGUUAGGUCAUAUCUGCAUCAGACAACUUUUACAAUAUUGGAGCUGGCGAAUGCCAAUGAAAUCUUUGCCUCAUGCCAUGCCGAGUCAAGAUCCAUUUGAAUAAACCUGUAGGCUGUAUGUUACACUAAACGGUACCUGUUUUACACAACAUGUUUUACAGAUCAUGGCCUUUCAUUUCAGUUGGUGCCUUGACUUCCUCCUCCAUUUCCAUUGGGGCUGCAAUACUUAACACCCACAAUCUGACACAAGUUGAAAGAUACACACGUUUAAAUCUUGUUGAUUUCAUUGGGAUAUAACAGAACACAGAACAGUUCACUAGGUUGUGGCUUUUUAAAAAAAAUGUGUGCAUCUGCUUAUUUAUAAACUUACUGCCUUCCAAAAUAAAUCUGACUUGAUGCACAAGAAACAUUUUCAAGAUUCCUGGAUCUAGAAAGGAUACUUAAAAGUUUAUUCAUUAUAGAAAUAACAAGAGGCUGGGUUUUUCCAGGCAGACUUGGUAACUUCUUGGUGAUGAUUGUCAGCCAAUGCCUUACUGAAAGUGUUUUGUGUUUUGAUAGACUAAGAAAGCUUUGAAGAACAUCCUGCAGAAGUGCACUCAUCUGCCAGCACUCGAACCCUUAUUGCAUGAUGCUCCUCCGAACAUCCUGAAGCACAUAGUUGGCCAGUUCAGUAAGGUAAAUGAGCAUUUGCUUACACUUCCUAAAGGCUCCAUACGUGGCCAACAUUUCUAAAACCCAUCUGGGUAGCUUGAUGAGCACAUUCGCACUCUCAGGGCCAAGGGCAGCUGUUGCACACAGAAAACAACAACAACAACAACAGUGGCAUAGGUUGGUCUUAACACUUGGGAAAUAAAGGCCAUUCUGUGCUUCUGCUUUCUUUCUGUGUUGGGAUGCCUGUUACAGCUGCUUUUGGUCUUGUUCUUGUGCAUCUGUGCAGGCAGCUGUACCUGAAUCCAGUUCUGGAGUGUUUUAUUGAGGACACUUGAAAUCACUCGCUGGGAACAGCCAAGAGUGUAGCAGGAAAAAGGCUUUGCUCUGUGGAUCAAGCCAAGGGAAGAAGGGAAAAUACCCUUGCUAUAUAUGCUGUCCUGUCUAAUCCAUAGGCUUCAUACUGCCUGCCAGGUGCAAGGGGCAGUGCUUGCAUGAACCUGCCCUCUCAGGCCCAUGCUCACACAACCAGUAGUGUAGUGGCAAAUUCAGAAUUACAGGGCCCCUUCAUAAUAGUCUCAGCCAUGGCCUCUCACAGCUCCACCUACUCCCUUCUAAGAUUGUGCAGUAAUCUUGUAAAAUAAUAACUAGGGAUGUAUUCUGACUCCCCUCCUUUCACUCUGAUUGGCUUCAGUCAGCACAAAGAAUAGGAAGAUUUCUCAGGGGCUAAAAAGCUCCCCUUUCAUGCCAAUAGGAUGCUAGAGACAGGGAGCCUGCUGCAGAACUAGUUAGGGGUCUUUGACCCCCUGCAUCCACAGACCACUGCAUCUCUGUGCAUAACUCCUGAGUCCCCUCUUCUUUAACAGGUUUUUUUAAUAUGACACUCCAUGGUUUUAUGCCUCAGAUGGAAUGAAAAGUCAAUGUUUUUCUAGAAUAAACUGAAGUUAGGAAACAAGAAAUCCAGCCACAAUAUAUUUUGUUAGUUGUCUCUGCAAACCUCAAGCCAAUAAAUGUAUAAGAAAAGGGGCUCCCUUUAUCAGUUUUUGGAACUCUAAUAGAAUUCAGCCCUAUAUAUCUUACUGCAAUAAACUGCCUGCUUAUAUUAAUAAUGCAGUAAUUUUUCAGGGCCAUUGUUCAAAAACGUAUUGUCUACUAUGUUUUACCCUUCCUAUUUUUAUUAUUAUUAAAAAUGUAAAAGAAAUAAAUCAAGCCACUUUUCUUUGUUCUUCUUGCCGUUUUUAAAGAAAUGAGGGCAAGAUUUCCACUUGAGACUGCUUAACCCAAAUAGAGCUCUGAGCGCUUAUCCACACUUCCUCUUGUCCUUUUCCCCAGGGAAAACCACUCUUUAGCGCUCAAUCGGAGCAAACGGCAGUUGAGGUUUCCCCUGGAAUGACAUGUGUUCUGAUCUAUUGCUAAAGAGUGGGCUUUCCCUUGGAAAGGAGUGGGGCAAGGGGAAAACCACUCGGAACUGUGCUUUCUCACCACAGCACACAAGUGGAAGUAUAGAUCAGCCCCGAGUCUUACAAAAAACGGGGGGGGGGGGCAGAGGGAAUUACUUGAGAAUUUAAAUAGAGGCAAUCUCUGCACUGGAAACAGCACACUUAUCAGAGUCCAGUGGAGCCCUGUUUCGUAGUUUACCAUAUCACUCUUGUUUUAAGGGCCACCCUUUAUUUUGAGAGCUGCCCCCUCCCAACCCCUAUGUAGUCCCUUGCUCUCUGCUAUGUGGCAAGGAUGCUUUUUUGGGGGGAGCAGGGCCAAAAGAACUCUGGCAUACAUUCCCUGCCACAUCCCAUUCUAUGCUGCAGCUUACCCUUAGUAGCCUCAGCUGAAUCUGUCUCUCUGUUGAGUGGUACACAUUGGUGUCAAUACUUAGUGGACCUUAAACUAUUAGAAAUAAUCACAAAGGCGAAGGUGAAAUAAGGGAUAACCUUUGUGCUUUUAAGAUUUUAUUAGGAGGGUUACGGCAUGGAUCAGAUCAAGAGGAAAAGCUAGUACAAAUGCAUGCUAAGCAGAACAAAACAGUUUGAGUUUAGAGAAGCUUCUACUGAAAUGAUGGGUUGUAUUGCUGCUAAGGACAGUAAGAUCCUGAUGUGGGCUUUCUGUCCAGAGCAGCCUUCCCCAAUCUGAUGCUUCCAGAUGUUGUUGGACUCUGACUCCCAUCAGAACCAGCCAACAUGGUCAACCGCCAGAGAUAGGAGUUUUAGAGUACUGGAAAACAUCUGGACAGCACUAGGUUGGGGAAGGCUAGUCAAGAGAAUGUCAAGUUUAAAAAACAGAAUAUUUUGUAUCCGACUGGGGAAUUUUUUAUCUGCAAAGCUAAAGUUGCCUUUGCACCAUCUUCCUGCUAUUAAUGUGCACAUAGGAUCAGGAUUGCUAAUGUGGAACAGGAAGCAGAAGAGGCAUUUGUAAUACAGAUGUGCAUGCUGACCACUGUAGGUUUUGCAGUCGUGUACAAAUCAAUUUGAGCAAAAACUGCUUUAAGCCUCCUGCUUGUUAAUGAAAGUGCCCUGAGCUGUGUGAGUCUGCAGUUCUUCUUCACUCUCUGGGCACAGUGCAGUGGCAUGUUUUUCUGCACAAGUGCCUUUGCUAUUGUUCCCUUUCCCUCCUCCAUUUUGUCUCAGCGAGGCUUGCAGAGGAGAACAUUCUGUUAGAUCGUGCUCUUGGUGUCCCUCAAUUUUGUUUUUAAUAUUAAAACUUCACAGGAGAUAAUAACCUUUGCAAAGAAAUGCUGAAUUUCUUACUAUUAUAUGCUUCAUUUUAAAUAGGUUCUGCCCCAUGAUUCCAAAGCACGACGCCUUUUUGUAACAAGUGGAGGCCUUAAAAAGGUUCAGGAGAUAAAAGCAGAGGCUGGGUCACUUCUUCAAGAGUAUAUCUACACAAUUAACAAUUGUUAUCCGGAGGAAAUAGUCAGGUAAGGGUGGGAAACGAUGCUGCAGUUUCAUUUAUGCUGUCCACAAAGCAAUAUCAAAAUGCAAGAGAUUUAUAAAUACAAUUUAAGUUCCAAUGUGACUUUCUCUUUCAGUCUGACAUUGGGUUAGGGGCAUAACAAAGUAACUGGACUUUUUCUUCUUCUUAUCAUUCAUUUGUAUUCUGUUAUGUGUAUUUACUUACUUGGUUUUUUUGAAAGGGACUGUAGCCAAGAUCCAAAAUAACAAUAACAAUGUACAAAUAUUCUACGCACCUAAAAGUGCCAUGUCACAUAUGACAGUGAGGGGAGUUCCCAAAGCAAUUUGUGAUGUGGUCUGCGUUGGGAUGGGUUGCUCAGAUGGUAAAAAGAGUUAUAACAGAAUCAACUCCAGAGUACACAAAGGUACUUGGUUAUACCUAGAAGUCUUAUUAGAUGGCCUGAGAUCCUUGGACCCAAUAUUCAGGAUGCAUGUUCACAAAGUAGGCAGUAACACCACUUUCUGUACAGUGUCCAUCCACCACACCACAAAGGGCUGGAUAGCUAAUUCCAGCAGAGAGAGGGUAGCUUUGACAUUAAUGAAAAUGUGAGGAAUGGACUCCAGUUGCAAAUCCACUCAGAGCAGACGGAAUAGCCCUCCAGGAUUUUAGAUUUGCUAGGCUACGGAUCGCAUGUAGUGUCUGGCUGUCAAUAUGAUUUUAUCCUGUCCACAAAAGAAAAUUGAGAGGAGUAGGAUGUAAAGGACAUGGCUGUAGCCCGUUCCUCUUAGUUUCUGGACUUUCUUAGCCUCCAAAUUUCCUGCCUGUCUGAGUCAUAAGCUCCUAAAGUGGAACGGACCCAUCGUGCUCCCAUUGUCCCUCCUCCAGGAAGGCCUAAUUGAAUGGGCUCCCAAUCAGCUGUGUGCUAACAAAGAGGGAAGAAGUUGGCCAUCCCUAUGCCAGGCCAUUGCUCCUUCCAGAUUGUUAAGAUGCCAUGCGAUUGCACUCCCUCUGCUGGUCAUCUGCAUUUUCCACGGCAUUCUGUAACUCAGUCCUGUUGGAGCUGGGAAAGUUUCACCUGCAAACUGAAUAAAACUAAAUGAUCUGGAAUUUCCCCAUAAAAGAAAAUUCCUUCGAUGGUUCAGUGUCUUAAACUUCUGUCACCAAACUGGAGCACAUCAUUAAGUGGAUGUCAGAGAUUUUAUUAUGCUGGCCUGGUAGGCAGAUGUGCUAGAAGUAUGUGCAGCCUUCCAGAUGUUGCUGAACUGCAACUCAGAACAUCCCUGACCAUUGGCCAAGCUGGCUGGGGAUGAUGGGAGUCCAGCAAUACCUUGAGGGUCAUAGGUUUCCCCACCCUUGUGCUAGAUGAGGGGUAGGAAACCUAAGGCCCAUGGGCCGGAUGCGGCCCAAUCGCCUUCUCAAUCCGGCCCAUGGACGGUCUGGGAAUCAACGUGUUUUUACAUGAGUAGAAUGUGUGCUUUUACCGGUAUUUAAAAUGCAUCUCUGAGUUAUUUGUGGGGCAUAGGAAUUUGUUCACUCCCCCCCCCCCCAAAAAAUAUAGUCCGGCCCACCACAUGCUCUGAGGGACCGUGGACCAGCCCAUGGCUGAAAAAGGUUGCUGACCCCUGUGCUAGAUCAACGUGACACUCUAUUUUAAUCUCGUGUUCCAGAUUUAAGAUGUACAAUAUUAACUGGCAGGGGGAGGUUAAGCACAUAGUCUGAGCCCAUGACUUUUUAGUCUGAAGUAAUCCUGUUGGUUUCAGUGGGAUUUACUCCCAAGAAAGUGUGCAUAGAAUUGUAGUUUCAUUGAGAGAACACCAUCAAUUUGCUAGCAGAAAGAGGGAAAUUAUGCAAACUCUCUGUUUACAUAGCACUCAGACAUUGUUAAUGUAUUAGUGUUCUCUGUUACUCAAAGGUUUGCAUACUCCCACACCAACAGAUGUUGGUCCACUGAAAUAUCAUCUUGUUUAUUUUAUAUUUCCACUUCCUUGCAGUUUCACCUAGAGAAGUUAAGGAUUCUGCCCUGCUUCUUGCUUUGCAGUUUCUUACUGUCUGUUGAUUUUUGUUUUGUCUUAAAAGCCACACACUGCUUUUAAAUCUGACCUUUGUGCUGGGAUCUAAGGGAAGCUGGGACACAUUUUUAUACUUUGAUUGCAUGCCCAAGAGGGAAUCGUUAGACAGCAGUAAAUUCCUCCAAGUAAAAUCUUUAAGGGAUCCAAACAACAUUAAGCAAAUUCUCCAGAGGGAAGCCUUUGGAUGCUUGUGUUUUUCUUUGUCAUUGCUAAGCAAAGCUGUAAUAGAGCAGAGGGUACAAUUUCAGGUUUCAGUGAGAAUGGGGGAGAGCAAGAUUCACAGCAAGGGUCAAAGGCCUCUUUUGGAUAGAAAGACCAAACGACAAAUAUUUUUUUUAAAAAUGGUGUGAAUACUAUGUAUGCCUCAUAAUUACCUCAGAUAUAUUGUAAACUGUCCUGUGAUCCUUGGAUGGAGGGCAGUACAGUGGUACCUCGGGUUACAUACACUUCAGGUUACACACUCCACUAACCCAGAAAUAGUACCUCGGGUUAAGAACUUUGCUUCAAGAUGAGAACAGAAAUCGUGCUCCAGUGGCGCGGCGGCAGCAGGAGGCCCUAUUAGCUAAAGUGGUGCUUCAGGUUAAGAACAGUUUCAGGUUAAGUACGGACCUCCGGAACGAAUUAAGUACUUAACUCGAGGUACCACUGUAUAGUAUUCUUAUUAUUUAUUAUUAGUGAUGAUCCUGAAGACUCACAUUUGUCCUCUCCAAAUGGUGAAGGGGAAUGUGUAAUUCUUUUUCUUGACAUAUUAUACCAGGAGAAGCAGAGUUGGGCCAGUGGAGGGAGGGAUUCAGAUACAGAGUGACCAGUGUAAAAUGUCUUUAGAAGUAAUCAACCCUGCACAGGCCCAAACACAUGGUUCCAUUUCCUAGGCAGUAACAUCAAAUUGCAAAUGACUAGGACCAUAAUACACAGCACAGAAGAUGUGGAAGGUAAAAAGAACAACAUAGGCUGCAAUCCUAAUCCCACUUCCUUGAGGAUAAUUUCCAUUGAAUAAGUAGUUGUUAGGAUUGUGUUGCAAAUUCUCUUGAACUCAGUGGGACUUACUUCUGAGUAGACAUGUAUAGACUUGUCUUGUUAAUAUCUGGCGGACAUCUAAUCCAUUCUGCAAUAUAAAGUUACAAGGUUUGAGCAGCGGUGGACCUAAUUUGGGGGGGGCUGAAGCUUGAACUGUUAUGGGGGGGAGGCCUUCACAGCCAGCAAAAAGUUUUUUUACUUUGGAAAAAAGGUGGGUAAUGAGGGGAACAUGAUAGCAGAACUGUAUAUGACAUGAUGUAUGAUGUGGAGAAACUGGACAGAGAGAUGUUUCUCACCCUCUUGCAUAAUACUUAAAGCCAGAGUCAUCCAAUGAAACUGAAUGGUGGGAGCUUCAAGGCAGAGAAAAGUCCUUGUUGACGUACCACAUGGAGUCCAGCUCUCUCACCCUAUGUUUGGAGGAAUUCCCUCCUAAGAUGGUUCUUCCCAUUUACAGUUUUUAUAAGUAGUUGUUUUGAUUUUUAAAAAACAAAAAACGGGUGCCCCUAAUAUAUUGGCCCACAAAUUAUUAUUUUAAAAUGUUCUAGCUGAUAGAGCCAACCAAUUACCUAAUUAACUAAAGACUGAUGCCCUAAUAGUUGCAUACUUGCUUAAGAUGAAAUCCUAACUCUUUGAUUUAUUCCUCAUAAACAUGCUGGUAUGUAUCAUGUGUCAUCUUUGGCCAUGACCCAGCACAGAGUGAAAUGCACUUAAUCCCACUGAUUUCUUUCAGCAGGUUUAAGUAUGCUUAAUUCUGUGUUCAAUGGUAGUUUGGUAUUUAGCAUGUUGAGUUUUUAAUCAAGGCACCCUUGUUUCUCUUUCAGAUAUUAUUCCCCUGGAUAUUCUGAAGCACUUCUGGAAAGGGUAGAAAAUUAUCAGCCAGUUCUAUAAACCCUUCAUCAUUGGUGACAGAGCAUUCCGCAUCCCCCUAUUUCCAAUCUGUGUUUUUGAGUGGCAAGUGACUAUAUUUCUAGUCUGGGAGAUAUUUAACUUUCUAUAUUCUUCUGUUCCCAAUCAAUUAUGACAACAGGAAGACAUACCCUUUCCAUCUUUAAUCUACACUUGGUUUUCUGGAAACCUUACCUAAGAACAAAGACUUUUACACUCCUGUGUUAAGAGGCCUGCAUUUCUCAGAAGUUAUUGAGGACCUGAAGGGGCCAGUGCUCUUCCCGGAUAUACCUGUGGUCUUCAGAGCAGUUUGUCCAAUCAGGUCCUUAAGACAAAGAAUAGAAUGAGAGGAUUACAGCCUCAUCCAAUAAGCACUGGACCAACAUAGCCUUUGUUCAUUUCAGCAGGGAGGUGCAGAUUGAGAUUACCCAGUCCAAGUAGGAAUUGUCUUCAAAUGAACAAACAAGUGGCAAACUACUUUCUCACCCCACUUCUUCACUGACCCCUGUACAUAAGUACUCUUUCCAUGGCACCUUGAAGAACCAAGGUGCAACUGGCAAAUUGAUGGGUAUUUCACCUUUCCACCCCCCCUCAAAGAUACAGUUUUUGUCUCUGUAAACUUUUAGGAGUGUAUUUCAAAAGAACUGUGAUUUGGGUAACAAAGUGUUUGAAAGGAUAGGUGGUGAGUGAUUAAAGGGAAACUGAAAAUAAGCAUGCCAUUGAAUUUUACUUGAAAAUUUAUCAACUCCGGAAAGAGAGAAUGUUUAAAAUAAUAUUUAAAAAUUGUACCUUGGCAACUUUCCACAUACUCAAAAUGAUAGCACUGGAUACUAACAAAUAAAACUACAUACUAAGUCAAACAGAAUGUAUAUGACAAUUUCCUUCAGCCAACAUGCGUUUUUUUUCUUUUGUG